UUUCUUAUGUUUUUUUUAUGUUGAUAACAACUACGUGCAGUUUAGCGGUUUGACUUCUUAAUUUUUGUAGUAGAAAUAGUAAUUAUAAUUUAAAUUACAAUGGCCCAAGGAAUGGUAUUUGAAGAUAUAUUCAAUGUGAAAGACAUAGAUCCAAAUGGAAAACAAUUCGACAGAGGUAAUUUUAUAAUAUUCAAUAAUUAAGUUAUUACUGCUAUUAGUUUAUUUCUUACCUACUAAGUUUCUUGAUUUAAUUACAUUUUUGUUAUCAUAUUAGUACGAACUAUUAAAUUAAUAUAAUUUCCAUAGUUAAAUAAUUAUUAAGUAAUGUAAAAAUACUAACAUAGAAAUAUAUAUAUUUUUUUACUAAUGUAGUUUGUAAGUAUUUGGAUAUAUAGAUUAAGACGGUAACAAUAUGUGGUAUUGUAUAAUACCUACUAACUAGCAUUUCCUUAAACAGUUUUUAAUUGAACCAGAUUAUGUUUAGAUUAAACAAAUUUAAAUAUGGGACAUUAAAUUAGUGGUCAUAAAUAUUAUGGUGAAUAACAUUUUUGUUUAAAUUAUUUAUAUCUUUGAUUUUUAAAGGAGCAUCAUAAUGUGUUAUAUUUGCAUUUAAUAUAUAUAUAUUUAAAUAUAUUUAUUCAACAUAAUGUUAUACAAAUAUUUUUUAAUGAAUACUAACUAUGGUAACUUAUACUAUUAGUUUUAAGUUAACAUAUACAUUUAAAAUUACGAAUUAUAUAAUUUAUACGCAGAAAUAUAUACAUUAAUAAUCAUCAGAACUAUUUAUUAGUUUGAUUAAUUGUUUUUUCAAAAAUUUAAAGCAAACUUCUUGUUUCAGCAUUUUAUAUUAUAAGGUUGUGCUAUGUUCGUAUAGUAUCAUAUUCAUAUUGUCUUAGCUAAUAUAACAUCUUUCAUAGUCCUAACCUUACCAUCAACAUAAUGUUUGUAAGCAGUAUUUAUGAUAAUAUAUUAUGACUAGCAAAUUUACAAAAUUACCUAUAAGAUCAAAGCUAGAUAAUAAUGUUAUAGGAACUUUAAGAUAUAGAAAUUCAAGCAUCUAUACACAAUUGAUUAUUUUGAAAACAAUUUUUUCAAUUAAAAGUAUAUUUUUUAACUAUGUUUGGUGUCUUGAGGAAAAAAAAAAUGAAACUAUAUUAUGGUUUUCACAGUCUGAAUAAUCUAUUUGAUUCUUUUUUCAUGUCUACAAAUUAUUCAUAGGUAUUUGAAGAAAAAAAUAAAAUUUUAUAUGUUGGCUUUAGACUUGGGAUGCUGAUAUUCUGAUGAAACAUACUUUAUAGUGAUGACUUAAAUAAAUAUUUUUUUUUUCAGAAUUUUGUUCAUGCUUAAGAAUAUUAAGUAGUGUUUCAAGUUGGUUUAAAUACUUGAUAAUUUACACUUUUCAUACAACAAACAUUAAUGUUCUGUUAUUGAUAUACAAUGUAAUUUGGAGCAAGUAGAAAAAUUUAAAAAACUAUACAAGAAAUAAUUUGUAUAAUAUAAUUCAAUUUUGAUAGCUAAUCAAUAGUUAAAAUAAACUUUAAAUAAAAAAAAAAAAAAAAGUUCUAUAGAAAAUAGUUGCACUUUACCUUGUUUUAAAGUAAUUCACAGUAUAAUUUCAUAACUGUUCCAUGUUGGAAUGCGUACGUGAAAUGAAAAUCAAGGCUAUUUUCAUGGUACAUUUUACCGUCUCUUCUCGGUUUUUCCCAAUUAUUAAGAAAACUUUUUUAUUAAUUAUUAAGUAGAAAUUAUUAUUUACGAACUAUUAAGAAAUCAAAAAAUAAUACCUCGAUAAUACACUAACUAGUUAAACAUUUGCUAACGAAUGAAUAGGUCAUGUUGAUAUUUAAAAUUAACUAUUACUUGAUCCUAUGUUUCUUGGUAACUGAAUUUAAAAAAUCCAACAUUUUACAUAACAAAUAUUUAUUAAAAAUUGAAUGUUCACUGAUUACCAGAAAAAAAAAAAUUAUAAUAUCAGUGAAUUGUCACUAUUACACCCGGGUUGCAUAGUUCAUUAAUAUUAAAGCAGGCCAUGAGCCAGUGCAAGAACAAAUGAAACAUAGUAUAGUCUGUGAAUCAUAAUAUAUUAGAAAAAAAAAGUGUUUAAUUCUUAUUAUUUGACAUAGAGGACAAUAAAUCAGUUCUUUCUUAAUCAAAACUCGGUUUUGGUACAAGUGACCACUAUCAGCUUUUAAAAAUAAAAGUGUUUAUUGCUUUUCAGUUUUUAAAGUAUUGGUUUAUAUUGAUUCUUAAUGAAAACAUGUUCCCUGUUUAAAUCCUGCUGUAUAUUUAUUUAGAUAUAAUGUUCGUCAAUAUUUGUAUUUUUAUGAAUCUUGUGCUACAGUGGUUUAAAAUUAAUAUCGCUUAAUUUUUAAAAAGCCAAAAUUAAUAUAAAAUUUCAGAAAAAUGCUUUUUUUUUUUUUUAUAAAUACAAAUUCUUCAUUAAAAAAAACUUGCUAAAUUGUGUUGGUAUAACAUGUAGAUAUUUUAGUAUUUGACAUGAUAACUAUGUAUUAUUAUUAAGGCAGAAAACUUGUUUAUUAUGCAAAAUUAAAUUACAAAUCUAGUUUUAUUUUGGCAUAAAAUGUAAUUGCUUCUUACUCUACUAUUUUUUUAAUAGUGUAAAACAAAUAUGCAAAUUCUACAAGUCCUUAGCCUUAAUUAUAUACACAGUAUUAUUUUUUGUAAGAUAUUAUUUUAUUUAAAACGUAUUUACAUAAAAAAAAAAAAUUAAACAUCAUUGUAAAACCUCGUCCCACUCUAAGAUACAUGCAUGUGAUAUUUAUGGAAUGCAUAUUACCUAUGUAAAAAAUAGUUCUAUGUUCUAUUUGAUAUAUUGCCAAAUUACAAGACUUAAAACUAAAAUUUUAUUACCAUAUGGCAGGCCACUGGUUGACCUUCACCAUUAUCACCAGUGGGGGGACACCCCUAUUUCGGAGACACGUAACAAUGUGGUCCUAAGGAGCCGAGUUAAACGCGUUCAUAACGUUAAGGGCCAUAAGCAUGCAUAGUUCCCGUUGUCAUGACGGCCCAAGAUUCACCCAUUUGGCCAAUUUGACCAGGUCGAGGAUCUUGUUAGAUACUAAAAUAACGAACUUGUUGCCUGAAGCUUUAUUUAAUUCAAAUCAUAAUUAUUUUUUUAACAGUAUAAUACAUUGAAUAGGUACUGUUUUCACAGAUUUUCAGUGGUAUAAUAAAUUGUAAAAUAAUAAUAGUUUCUAUAAAUAAGCUUAGAUUAAUAAGAUUAAUAUUAUCAUUUUUGUUUUAGUUAAGUCAUUGUGUAUAUUAUAUAAACUAGAUUAGACUCCUGGGUUUCCACACGAAAGACUGGGUGAGGACCAGUAUUUUUUCUUUACGAGAAAUAAACAAUAAUAAUAAUAAAAUAAAUUCUUUGUUUUUUUUUUUUUAACACAUAUAAGCUGAAUUUGAUAAUAAAUACAAAUAUUUGAAAAUGAUAUAAUUUACCUACAUUAUUUGAAUAUUGCUACCAACUUGUAUCUUAAUUUAAUGUUUGUGACUAUAACUAAAAUCUGCAAAAUCAUAAUUUCUAUAUUAACUAUGAUAAAUAUAUUCAUAUUAUAUAUUAUAAUUAACAACUUAUAUAUUUUCUAUUUUUUUUAUUAUUAUUUUUUAUAAGAAUUACUAAUGUUCAAUGUUAAAAGUUCAGAGGGUGUGUCCAUGGCAUUUGUGAAUUUCCCUACCCCAUUUGAGGCGCAUGCUCGGCGUCUUGAAAAUCGAUAGAGCCCCAGAGCCCGGAUUUAAGCACGGUCAAGGUCCUUCGCCACCUCUUCAACGUUUUACUCGAAUCGAAUGUGCGGGUUGGGUUUCCUUUCAAUUGUAUUUCUCUAAAAACCACACCUACAUACUUUAUCAUAACCUGCUCAUUGAAAUUUCUUAUAUUACUUUUUACAUUUUAAACGUAACAAAAGCUUAGUAAAUAUAAUAUUACCUAUCCUUUUAAUAUUUACACGAUCAAAUUAAUGCUAACAAAAAUAUUAAAUAGAAAAGGUUUGGUUCAUUAAAAAUUUGCACGAUCAUAAUAAAUAUAAUAAACUUCGUGUUCGAGAUUUAUAUGAUAUUCGGAGUAUUGAUUUUUCGUUUAAAAUGUGUAAUCCAGUGGUGGUUAUAUUUUUAGAGAAGGGAUGAAUUUCGGAUAACAUACGGUUCCACUCAAUAUACCUUUUUACCUACGUGAUUUCAUAAAUUUUGUUACACAAACAAUUUUUUUUUAAAUUUUAAAACGAUUUCUCAUAAAUAUUGCUACAAAGUUCUUAGUUAUGGUUUUUAUAAAAAUAAAAAAUAAUGUUAGUCUAAAUGUAUAGGUAGGUACUGAAUUAAAAUAGCUAUGUGAAUAAAUGUAAUGUAAUUGGCUGUUAUGGGUACUACGAUGAAAGCUUUCAGGACCAUUCGCCUUCUUAUAAUAUAUCGUUUUAUUAUAUUAUAGUAAUUUCAUAGUUAAUUUUUAUUUAUGUAGACAUCUUCUUGAAUUUCAAUGACAUUUUUUAACGUCACUAGUUCACUAUGGUAACGUUAUAAAUAAGUUUUGUGUGAAAUCAUGAAUCAUCGGAAUUUAAAAUCCAUAUGGGUUCAUUAGAUUCGUCCCCUCCCAUUAUCUUUGUAGGAAAUUUAUUACUUAAAUAAGUACAGAAAAUAUGCACGUUUUGGUGAAAUUAAAAAAAUGGUCCGUGGUUUUAUUUCAAAUUUAUAAUUACGUUUCUGUUCAAAAUGUUAAAUCCUUCCCUAUUUUAUCAGUUAGUGCAUAGGUAUAUAUCAUAUUAAAAUAUCUAUUUAGGUACUAAAAUGUGCUAUUGUAUUUAUAAUAACAAAUUUUAUUAUUGUCUACUAAUAUGAAGGGACGAAAAUUCUAAGGCGGUAGAUCCAUCAAUCGUCCUCCUUCUAAAAAUGUAUAUUUAGUUACUAGUGACGGAUAUGGCAGCACGUACUUAAAUUAUAAAAACUAGAUAUUUUAUUUCUAUUCCCGAGUAUGGAAUCGCCUAAGAGAGUUAUAAUUCUGAUAAAUUGUGUUAAAAUAAUUUUGUUUUGACAACUGAACAUUGGACACCAUACAAUUGCGCAUAUUAUGUGUAUUAAUAAAUUGUAAUGGUUUGUUUUAAAAUCUCAAGGAUUACAAGGAAUGUAUUGGUUUUACAAUGAUAUAUUUUUAUUUUUUUUUUAUCUGUGAAUAAUUUUUUUACCAGAAAUUUUGCUCUGAUUUUCAAGUGUAGCAUUUUUUUUGAAACGAAAUUUAAAUGGGGUGAUACUUUAAGUAGGCCAUUUUUUAAUUUUUCCUUUGGGUUUUCGUAAUAAAUGGGAAAAAUGGGAGAAUUUACGAAACGUAUUACAUAUUUUCAAAUCGAAAAUUUUACGACUUUUCUAAACAUGCACUCGUAUGUAACCGAACCCCGCUCAAUAUCAUUCUACGUUAGCAAUGAUUAAUUGUUGCGUAUAGAUGUACAUUGAAUUUCCUCUUUACCUUCUCAAUUUCACACUUAAAACAGUAGCCCAUCGUGCGAAGUAUGUCCUUUUUUUUUUUUGUAACAAUUUUGAGAGGUUAAGUUAGGUUUAGUUAGGUGUAAUUUGUUUGUUUUAUGUUUUCUACCAUAAAUAUUAUUCCAAUAAAAAAAACGACAAGAGAUCAUUGUUGUUACAUUUUUAAUCUAGUCGGUGAGUAAAAAAAUUGUUAUUUGAUUUUUCGUGUAGUUUUUAGUUGUUUGAAUACUUAGGUUAUUGAGAGAAACCGAAUAAAACAUAGAAAGAACGAAACAAAUUACGAAAAUAAUACUUUUAUUGUUUUAAAUUUUGUUUUUUUUUUCAGUUAAAAAUAUUCUUAGAGACUUGAAGUUUGGAAAAAAAAGUCAUAAUUGCUUUUUCUAGACGUAGUAAAAUUGUCAAAGCAUUUGAGUCAUUUUUGAGCUAUCAGUAUACAAUUUAAUUUUGUGAUUUUUGUACGUAAUUUGUAUUUGGUUUGUACUCUGUGGAUACAAUUGUUAGACUUAUCAAAAAUACUUGAAAAUUUAACAGAAAUUUAGUUAUAAGUCGAACUUAGUGGUAAAAAAAAAAAAGAAGUUUAAUGUAGUAUUUAUUUUUUUGUAUAAAAAUUUCAAUAUCAAAUUUUGACAAAAAUCGUAAAUAGAUAUUACGGCCUUUCAAAAUGUGUAUGCCAGAAUUUUGCUCCGAAUCAUUUUUCUUUUAAAAGUUUUAGCCUAGUGUAUAGUUAUAAAUUGAAUUCCCCUCUAUAUUCUACCUUUUUAACUUCUCACCUACAAUUGUGCACUGUGGUCCAUCCGUCAUGCGAAAUAUGUCCCGUAUUUUUACAUUCAGAAAACAAUUUGUUUUUAAUUUAGUUUUAAUAAAUCGAUUACCAAUAUUUUAAAUCCGUAAAAUGUAUCAUUUUAUUCCUAUAUUUAAACUAAAGGUAAAUAGUUACCUGCCAUUAAAAUAUAUAAAACAGAAGUAUUUAAAAGCAAAUCUAGAUGUUGUGUUUUUAAUAAUAUUUGAUUAAUCACUAUAGAAUAUGAAUGUGAUACAUGAGAAUUUGUAGUCUAUGAUGAAAAAAAAGUAAUUUUAUAAAAUUUAAAAGCCUGCAUAUAAGGUUAGGUUACUUAAUAUGUAUAUUGGAUGGUUUUGACAAGUGUCAAAUGACAACGUUAUGUUCAAUAUGUACAUUUGAAUAAAUAAACAAAUUGUAUACCGUAUUAUUGAUUGGAGUUUUUGUAAAAAAUUAGGUUAUUUCGAAACAAAAUAUUCGAUUAUUCUAUAUUCGUUUUAGCUGUUUAAUACCGUAGCUAACAGCUUUGAAUAUAUUUUUCUUAUAUUAUAAUUCGGAUGAAAUAGAAGUAUCAGUGCAAUUCUAAUAUUUCGGUAUUCUAUUGGUAACAGUUUAAAAUUUGCGUGUAAUUUUAAUCAUAGUGAAGAUAAACAUAGGUUACCAUCAAAGUAUAGAGGUAAUUUGUCAAGGUCUUUUUAAAAUGCAUGUGUCAAUGUAAUAAUAAUGGCUUGCUUUUUUGGGGUCAAAUCGAAUUUUGUUUUUAUAUUGCUCAUUAUUAUAAUAAGUACUAGCUGUUACUGUUGACAUCGUCCGCAUAGAAUUGCUUAAUGCCUUCUAUAGGGUGUAUGAAAGGUAAAUAGGUUAUUGAUGUUGAUAAAAUGUGAAUAUAAUCUUAACUGUUAUAGUAAUAGUAACAGAUAAUUUAACUAUUCGUAUUAGCUUACUUAAAAAUCUUAUAUGAUUUGCCUUCGAAAUUAUUUAUCUACCAAGUUUUAUCUAAUUAUCUUAAUACCCAUCUAGUGGGUAUCAUGGUGUAUGAUGUUUGUAAAUUGCUUUGGUAGACGGAAAUCUGGGAAAAGUAAACAAUAGGAUUGAGGAAUAAAGAAUACCAUUUGAUUGAAGGAAAAGGAUUAAGCAUAAGUAGAACUAAAACAGAGUAUAUUGAGUAUGAGUUUGGAGGAAUAGAACAAGAUAGCUAACGACAAUAAGUAGCGUCGUAAUAGACAAGGUUGAGAGUUUUAAGUACCUAGGAUAUUUAGUACAAAAUAACGGUGACUUUAAGGAAGAGGUGAAACAUAAGGUUAACUGUAGUUGGAUAAAGUGGAGAGAAGCAUCAAGUGAUUUUUGUAACAAUUUAAUUCAAAUGAGAUUUAAAUAUAAGCUCUAGUGUGUUGGGACUUACUAUGUUGUAUGGUUUGGAGUGUUGAGCGGUAGAUAGAAAAGUUUUAUAGAAAAUAAGUAUAGUAAAGACUAAAAUACUUAGUUUGAUGAGUGGAGUGACGAAAAGAGAUAGCUUAAGGAAUGAGUACAUAAGAGGUAGCUUAAACUUGGCUUCUGUUGUAGACAAAAUGAAAAAAAAAAGUUAAUAUAUAAAAAUAUUUCAAUUUGUCAGUUAAAAAUUAAAGAAUAAUGUAAUAAUACUAAAAAGGAGGGAUAGUAAGAGUAGAAGUAACUCAAAAAAGAAUAUAAAUGUCUCUCAUUUUGAUAUUAUCUUUUCGUAUUAUAAAAAGUAUUAUCGUGUCUUCCCACAUUGCCGACUUCCAUUUUGUCGAAAAAUAAACUGGUUCUAUAUGGUAUUAAAAAUUUUCCAAUUUCGCCGACACAUAAAUCGAUUAUAUUACUAUUUUGAAUUGAAAUAUUAUUGUUACAAUGAAAUUAAUAUUACUAAAGAAAUUCCAGCACCCUAAUUGCGACAUGAGCGCAAGUAAAUAUAUAAAUUUAGUAAUAUCGAAAAUACAAAAACUGUUGACAAUAAAAAUAGAUAAUCAACUAUUAAAUAGAUGUUCAAAAUAAUUUUUCUGAUCAUCUUCAUAAUUUAAGUUUAGUACAGUUUUGCAGUUAAGUAUAGUGACAAUUUAAGAAAAGCAUUGUAAUCCUUGCUAAAAGCCAACGAAAACGAAUUGUUUUAACAUGAACUAUAGUGGGAUAAAGUCAUGCAUACGUUUACUUCAAGCAAUGUACGUUAAAUUUUCUCGUUUUGGAAAUUAAAACGGGCCGUAUAAAAUAGACCCGCGGGCCAGAUGAGUCUCGCGGACUGCCGGUUGCCGACCACUGAUAUAGAUUAUGUAUAGUUAUUUUUCCAUACUUAUUUUGAUAAUUUUUUCUUUGUGGUUGAAUUACAAAAAUCAAUGAAAUAAAUGACAGAUUAUUUAUUUAUUAGAUUUCAUGUUUCGAUAAUUAUUUAUUUUGACUCAAAUAAUUAAGAAUAUCGGAUUUAUAAAUAGUUUUUAUUUGAAAAAAACGUUUUUAUUGUCUUUAAGUUUUUUUGUAAAAUUUAAUGGAAAUUUGGCACAUCUUAAGUCUACAAUUUGUUUAUAAUUCUAGUCGAUUGCUGAAUUGAUACACGUCACUGUAAACGAAUUUAAACAUUUUCUAUUUUAAAAUAUAUGUGAAUAACAGAAUAAAUAUACUCGUUACAGGCUCGCUCUAAAACGUGUAAAAUACUAUAAAAACUAUAAUAUAAUUUCUUUCUCAUAAUUUCAUUCUGCUUGAAGACUACCGAAAAUGUAAAACUACAUUAUAAUAAGAUGUUCAUAUAUUAGUAAAAUCAAUAGUCAUUCAAUAUAAUCUGUGAACAUUUUAUAGUUUAUUGAAUUUUGAUAACGUUAAGAAAAUAAUCAUUAAAUUUAUGUAUCUUGUUAUUACUGUAUGGCAGAUUUUGAUGAAAUUUCAUUUUGUAUUUUGAGGUUGGCGAAAAAUGUAUUGAUAUUACUAUGAUGUUUAUUUUUUAUGUAAACACUUUUUCUACCAGAAAGCAUGCUCCGAUUAUCAAGUAUAGCACCUUUUCUGAAAGAAAAUAUUCUCUGGGUGGUACUUUAGAAAGUUUUUUUUUUUAAAUUCUCAUUAAUAUUCGAGGUAAUGAGAAAAAUCUCGGUCUUUUAGUUAAAAAAGAUUAAAAGAUUAAAAAUGAGGUUGUCAUUGGCAACCGUUUUUAAUUAUAUUUUAUUAUUUUUAAGUUUUUAUUAUUUUAUCCUUUUUUAAACAAUUAUUGUUUAUGAAAACUAAUACUCAUAUUAAUACUAUAUUUUUAACUCAUACCUACAUUUCUUAUAUUUUCCCGUUUUUUUUUUUGGUUUUUCAAAUUUGAUGAGAAUACUCCCGAGAAAAUCGAAAAAUGACCUCUUUAAAGUACUACCCUAGUGAAAUUUAUUUUUAUAACCAUUGCUGUUAUUAGAAGUUGGAGUAAAAUGGUUGAAAAGAUGUGCACAGGAAAAAAAACCGUAAUAUUUUAGUAAUAUAUUUCGUACAUUUCCCGUUUUUUUUAAUUUUUUUAAUUUUAAAAGAUAACUUAAGAAAAUUGAAUAAUGACCUCCCUACAUAGAUUUUCUUUCAAAUAAGUUGCUACACUUAGAAAUCCGAGCUAGUCUUCUGGUAGAAAAAUUGUUCACAGACUUCACAUCUAUGUAAAAAUAUAAGCUUCUUUCCCUCCACUCAGAUUCUAAAAAUACAUUUGUCAUGUCAUUUUUUUUACUUUUUAAACUAUUUUUUUAGUUUGGAUUUUUACAGCAUUAAGAUCUUGGCCCUAGUCAUUACAAUAUCGAAUAAUGUAUAUUUAUUUAAAGUAUACUUUAAUUUAGAUUUUAAUUUUAAUUUCCUUAUAAUUUCAUUUAUAUUGCAUGCAUUUAUAUAAUUACUUAUAAAACCUUGACAACUAGUCAUCAAUUAAUACAACGUGAACACGCGUUCAUUAUACGAUAGCAAACAAAAUUAAAAUAUUUACUUAAAAAAAUUGAAAUAUAAAUUAAAAUAAUAGAUAUUUUGAAGUUCGCCAUGUUAAAAAAGUUUUACUUAUUUUGGUUUGUAUAAAAUUUGUUCUCCUUAUUUAUUUUAUAUAGUCAAUUUAUAGUGUAAUUUAAAUAUAAUUUAUUUUUGAUUUUUUGAAAAGCCAGAAAUGUUUUUGUACAUGUAUUAUAUUCUAUACGAUUAUGUAUACAUUUGUUUGGGUUAAGUAGAUUUUUUUUAAUUUUUAUAGAAUCUUUUUUUUUUUCCUUUGAUUAAUUUUUUUUAUUCUUUACGUCAUAAUUUAAUGUAUAUCUAUCAUAUACGCAAUGAUUAAUCAUUGUUAACGAAAAACGAUUCUGAACUGAGUUCGGUUAUAGUGUUGCUUUGGCAACAAUAUUUAUAUCAUAUGGUAAAAUAAUUACAUAUACAUUAUAUAUUUUUUUUAGUAAUAUUUAUUUAAUAUUGUACCUAUUAUUCUGCUUUACUUAUUUAUUAUAAAAAUCCCUGGGAAAAUCAAACACUAACCUCCUUAAAGGAACUACUCCAUUCAGAUUUCCUUUCAGAAAAAGUACUAUGAUUGAAAAUCGUAGCAAAAUUUCUAGUAGAAAAGUUGUCCGAAGAAAAAUAAUAAUAAACAUCAUUGUAAAACCAAUACAUUUCUCGCUUCGAUCAGAAUCUUUAACUUGUUUUUCCGUGACUACCUAACAAUAACUAUUUAUUUUAAUAUUUCAUUCUGGCGUCAAGGUGACAAACAUAUCAAAAAGCAAAUUCAAUUUUCAUACUAAAAUUUGUAGGGGUAAAUUUAGUAAAUUCGGUUUUAAGAUGAACACGGAUUCGUGUACUCGUUUCUGUUUAUACAUUUGCAGAUUUUUUACAUACAAUAGACAUGUCUAUUUAUUAAUAUCGAUAAUUUUAAAAACAUAUUAAUAUAAAAUUAUAAUUGUGGUGUAUCGUGAAUGAACGUAAAUUAUGAAGUAUGUUCAAUAAGUUUAGAAAAUCAUUAUUCGUACCAAAUUUGUUUAGGAGCACGUAUAAAUUGUUUAUACUGUAUAACUUUUAUAAAUAAUAUUUAAUUAUAUUGUCAUUUUUUAGACUGUUCAGAAUAGUAUUUUGAAUUUAAUGGUUAAUAUUAUUUUCAUUAUAUCUUCCGAUCAAUAUUAGACAAUAUCUACUAGCUCUGAAAUGAGCAAGUAUGACCUAAUAUAGGAUAUAGUGUUAUCAGUCCCCUGAAUAUAUUAUUACUAUACAAUCUCAGUGAAAAACCCUGUAUAUAUAUAUUAAUAACUUUACAGUCUAAAGUUUAGAUUUAGAUACAGAAAAAGUGAUGAAGUGAGUUUGUAAUAUUCAGAAUCGGGACGCGUGGUUGGUGUUUAAAUGUUUAAUGUAGGUUUUAACUCGUUAUUAUAUUUAUUAUACUCGGAUAAAACCAUCCGUUUAAUCUUCUCUACUGUUAUAAUAUUAUAUUUUAUUAUUUAACGUGUCGCAUAUUUAUGUUAUUUUAAUUAAAUAUGUAUGAAUACUGAUUUACAUUGCAUAAUAAUACUAUUAUAAUGUUUUUAUACUUUAUUUUUCAGUAGGUUACUAAUCUUUGUUUAUAUUGAACGUAUGACUGAGAUACAACAAAAACAGUUUGAAAAUUUGUAUUUAAAAAAUCAGUCGCUAAUUUUUGUAUCUAUAUGAAUAUGAAUGGGUGGGCAGUAAACCAUGAAUGUAUGAUAAUUUUGCAUACGCUGUGAAAUUAAAAAAAAAAAAAAAAAAAUUUUACAUUAUAAAUAUAAAAAAAUAAAAUAUGCCUGCUCAAUGUUCAGUUAAAUACAUAUUUUUAUUAUUUUUUUUUUUUGAUUUUUUUUAUCGAAAAAAGGAUUUAUCUAUUAUGUAUAUAGUUUUGAAUGAACCAUUUCGGGCAAUAAAUUAAUUACACAAUUAAUAGUAUUUUAACUAUAUGAAUAAUAAUAAUAAUAUUUUUUCAACCUAAUUUAUUUAGCGUACUACACUUAGCUAAAUAUUCUCGUACUUCAUAAGGUAUUCUUUUUUUGAUAACCUCAAUCCACCAAAUUCUACACUAUUUUUAAAUAAUAUUAUUUUUUAAGUUUAAACAAUAACUCCAGUGCAAGACAUUAUUCCAUUUUGCUAUCUUAUUGACAAAUUAUGUGGUAUUCUUGUAUUAGUUUUAUUCUCAAAUUCGGUUCAAAGAGAUAUUUAACGGGUAUUUUUUUAAAAAUGUGACACUAUUAUAGAUAACUAUUUAUUCAAUUACUCAUCUACUGAGUUUCUUUAGAUUCUGAGCAUAACGAGAGUCGAGGGGUGUAUUAGUUUUACAUUAUAUAUGUCUGAAUGUGUCUGAACAACUUUUCUACACGAAAUCUUUGCUCCAAUCAUCAAUUUCAUGGGUGAUUUUUGGUAUCAAAAUUGGCCUAGUUGGUGCAUUAGGGAUGUCAUUUUUGUAUGGAAACAAUAUCGAAAAAACGGAAAAAUGUACACAAUAACAGUUUUUUUAUUUUAGAAUUUUUAAUUUUUUUAUUACAUUUUCAAAACAUUCUGAAGGUUUUUUAUUUAUUUGUAGUUAUUUGAAAUUUUUAAGUUUUAUUUGAUUUUAUAUGGAUUAAAAUGUUCGGAUUUUCAAUUUUGAUCGAAAAUUAGAUAUUUGAAAGGUUCAUUGUAGGUUUUUCUUAUGACAAGCGUUUUAAGUUCAUAUUUUAAUGAAAAAUCACUGCAUUUAUGUUUUAUGUCAAUACAACUUUUUGAUUUCAUAAAAAUGAUCAAUAAUUUGAGACGAAUAAACACAGGCAGUAUUUAUUUUGUAUUGUUACAAUUUUUAAUUGAAGUUUAUUAAAACGUUUUUUCGGUAACAAUUAUUUUUAUUUGUGUACUAAUAACUGUAAAUAUUAAUAUAAAUAAAAUAAUAUAAUUAGUAAUAAUUACUAUAUAUUUUCUAUCGUAUUAAAUUCUCUCCUGCAAUAGUGGCAAGCAUGGUGCGAAAUAUGUUGGUUUUUUCAUUUUGAACGUGUUUUCUCCAAAAGAGUUUCAAUCGAAAAAAACAUUUAUUGUAAUGUUAUUAUAGCGUUAGAAUCUAAAAUAAUAUAAUGAUGUAUUUUUUAAAUUCCCCUAGAUAAUUUGUAUAAAUUAUAAGCAUUAUGGUUUAAAUACGAAAUAAUUUCUAUCUAAAUAAGCUUCUGAUCUGCUAUAAUAAAUAAUAUGUAUGUGAAAGUAUAUUUCUACAUUAGUAUUUGAAAUUAAUUUGUGUCGUUAUACUAUAUUAUUACCUACGAAAAUGUUCAAAAUUAUUAACUGGGAUAUUUAACUGUCAACAAUUUUUGUGUAAAACUAUCUGCAUUUAGACGGUGAACCGGACAAGUGAAAGCUAUAAUGCGGGAUCUUCGCGAUAGCGCAACGACUAAAUCAAAUAUCUAACACGAACUAUGUUAGAUGAAUUAAAAAAAAAAAAAAGUGGGAAUGCGGGUACUGACUCAAAGUAAUCAUUAACGGAUUACUUCUUUCUCUUAUUGAACUUACGUCUAUCUUUAUAUACGUUUCUAUUAUAUUAUUAUGAAUGUGGUGAACUGUUGCAAAACUGCUGUACAUAUAUAUAAUUAUAUAACAUACCGAACCCUUACUCUGGAUUAUAUUGCAUAAUUCCUAAUUUCAUAUUAUACCUAUGAACUCCGCGUUGCCCAAAUAUAGGGUUUCGAAAAUAACUGCUAACAAUACAAUAAAUACAUGACACAAUAGUCAAAGCAAUCGCUUAAUAUACACAGACAGACUAGGAUUUAGCAAUAGUUGGUCAAAAAUAACUGUUAGAGCUCGUAGAAAAAAACUAUAAAUGUAUACUAUAUAACCGUUAGAAUAAAAAAUCACUAACAUUAGUCAUAGUUUAUAUAAUGACAAAAAUACUAGUAUAUUAACCAGUAUUUUUUGUUUAUACAAAUUAUAACUAGGAAGAAAUAUUGACGUUUGCAAAAUAUUUUUAGUCAAAUAUUUAGCCAUAUUCUAGUAAUCGAGUAUUUUUUUUUUACUAAACAGUACAGUUCAUUUUUAUACAUUAAAUUCUAAUUUUUAACUUGUUGCAAUUUUAAUAAAAUAUAGACUUGCAUUGUUUGAACAAUGCAAAAUUACGGUCAGAAAAAAUUUUUAGAUCAUAUGUAUGUAGUCUUUCUAGGUAUAGUUACGUUUAUAAUUAUGUAUUAGCUCUAAUCAAGCCAAUAACCCUGAGGAGUAUUCGUGAUGUACACCUGACAAUGAAACGUAAUGAUAAAAAAAAAAAAAAAUAUAUUUAGAAAAAACUAUCUAUGGACUAUGAGUUAUUAUAUUAGAUGAUCGUAGACAUCCUUGAAUAAUGCUGGCGCAUUGUGUUACGCCUUUCAUCUUUUUAGAAGUACAAUUUUAAGAUCAAUGCACUUAGUUGAUUGCUUCCACUAUAUGUAGUCUAUGAACAUAUUCACAUUUAUAGGAUGCGUUUAAAAUAAUAUUGUCAAUAUCGUGUAAUAAAAUAGUAUCUAACACAUAAAUGUCAUUCAAAUAAUAUUUUGAUAAAAUGUGGUCAUCUGAAAACAACUAAAUAUUAUUAAGUAGUGAAUAUUAGCUCAAGUCGAUAUCAUAUAUCUGCUGAUAUUUAGGAUACCUAAAAUCGAGUUUUUUGAAAAUCGAUGUUUAAUCUGAUAUUUUUUUGGGGGGGAAAUGUCUAUAAUAUCGCUGGAAUAAAAAACAGCGUUUUCAAAAAAAAAUCGGAUUUUCAACUUAUAUAUCGGUUAAAAUCAAUAUCAACUCGGAAUAUUAAAUUCAAAUAUCGGAUUGAGUAUUUAUAGUAAAUAUCGGAUAUCAGAGAAAAAAUUAAUAUCGGUUCACCACUAACCUUGGUCCAGGCCCAUCUUGUGGGCAUCGUCCAUUUGCACCAAAAUAAAAAAGGUACAUUUUUCCGACUGCCAUUUUUGCCAAAUUUUCCUUAAAACAUUUGGGCGGCAUUUAUUACGGAUUUAACAAGAAUCACCAAUAAUUAUGAAUCCUUUCAUGCCCACUUUAACGAACAAUUUUAUAAAUCACGCCCUGAUAUUUUUACAUUUUUAGAAAUUUUAAUAAAAUUUAUUCAAACAGAUUUUUAGAUUAAAAUCAAUAACAAUAUAAACAAUAUCCUCAGCCAUUCUAAGAAUUUGCAGACUAAAAUUCGACUUAACAAAACUAUAAAAGCAAUUUAAAACUAUGCAAACAAAAAAUUAACGCGAUAUGAAUAUAUAAAAAUAGUGGCAUUUAAUUAAAAUUACGAUUAGGUUAUGUAGGUUAGUUAAUAUUAGUUUAGUAUUAGUAGUUUGUACUCAUAAUAAUUUUUUCAAAAUUACAUUUAAAAAAAAUGUAAUACAAAUGGAACUUCUUGAAUAUUAUUAUUUAUUUGAAAAAAAUUUGUAAAUUUAUUGACAAUAACUGUAAAAAUUAAUUUAUAAUAUUACAAUUUGUAUAAUACGUAUUUAUUGAAUUGCCAAUAAUAAUAAUACAAAUUGACAAAUUAACUAUCAUGUAAACGUUGUUUCAAUAAAAAUUUAUAUUUAUUUAGUACUUAUUAUUAAAGAAAAAAAAAGUAACAUUAAAUUACUUAUAAAUAAAUCGAAUAAAAGUAACUCGUAUAUUAUACGCAGGUAAAUUUGGCGUAAACGGGCAGUCGGAAAAAGUACCUUUUUGUUUUGGCGCAAAUGGGUAAUUCCUCAUCUCGCUGACAUCCGAUAAACCCGUUACAUCGACGCGUAAACCGGUAUCUGGUAAUAAUGGGAAAAGUUUCAAUUCACAAAAACAUUAUAGUCUCGCAAAAUACAAAUACAAAAAUGAUUUUUAUGUAGAGUAUUACGAACAUUUUUACUUUGGUCAAAGAGCUAAAAAUCCAGCCAUAACAAACUUCGAACUUAAACUUUUAAACUCAUCUCAUAAAAGAAACUAUAAUCGUCUACAAAUCGUAAAUAUAACUUGCAAAAAUAAAAUUAUAUACUUUUUAUGUCACUGAAUUUAAAUUUCGCAACAGUUUUUAAAUAAAUCCCUAAAUAAGAAGCUUAUUUUGGGAUUUAAACAAGCUCGUGUGUUUGUUUUUAUACAAAUAAGACCUUUUGUCUUCAACAUACAAGGUCUGGCUAUUAAAUAACGAGACUGUUUAUGAAACAUGGUUUUAUUUUAAAAAUUAUUCCACAACCGAAUAUUCCCCUUCAAUAUACUCUCUUCUCCUCUUCACACACCAUUUCAUUCGUUUCUUCCAUUGCUCGAGGUAGUGCUGGAAGUCUGUUUUCGUAAGACCAUUCAGGAGUUCCGCCGAUUUUUGUUUCACCUCUUCCAUCGACUCAAACCGGAUUCCUUUUAAGGCAGACUUUAUCUUCGGAAACAAAUAAAAGUCGCAGGAUGCCAAGUCGGGUGAGUAAGACGCGUGUUCGAGUACUGGAGUGCCUUAAGCGGCCAAAUAACGCUUCACAGACAGAAAUCCUCACUAUAGGCCUCUUUUAACAACUUAUAGCACUCAGUUGGAGUUUUUUUUAGUUUAACGAGAAAAUUUUACGUUUAUCCGUUGCUCAUGUUUUUCGUCACACAUCGUUUUCGGCAAGAGAAAAAAACAUGUUCGUUUCUAAACACUACAGAAAAAAUACUAAUGCACCAACAAAAACCCAAUUCUGUACUGGUAUAAUAGACACUUCCAGUUAACCAGCGCUGUAUUCGGUUUUCCCCUAACCUUUUUAGGACGCUCUCUACGAUCGCAGUCUCGUUAUUUAAUAGCCAAACCUCGUAUCCCUCUACUUACGAAAUAAUAGUGUUACUAUUAAGUGCCUAUAUGACUAUGUAAUACGCCAUUUUUUUUAUGAAAAUAGUUACGAUUUUAAGUAUAAUUUAUAAAAAAAAAAACAUUAGGUACUCUGUUAAAUUGUAUAAAACAUUUUAUCUUCAUAUAUUUUAUACGUGAUAAAUGAUUUAGAAUUCUUGUUUUGUUACCAAGAAGAGUAUAUAAAUACCUUACAAAAUGAAAUCAGUUAAUCGAAUAUAAUAGAGUUGUUCCUCAAUAUAAAAUAAUACUCUGACUAUUUGACUAAAUACAAAAUGUGUCUAAUAGUUAUUUAGGCACACUAUGAGAAUUCUAUCACGGGAAUUAUCCUCAUUACAUUUUCGAUUCAUAAAUAUUUGUUGGCAUAAUUAUCCAUCAUAUUUCUAAAAUUAAUAGUACUAUUAAUUUUGUAUUUUACAAUGUUUAUAUAUAUUUAAUAAAUAAUAAAUAAAAAUAAAUAACAUAAAUAUAAAUUUAUGAAUUAUAAUUUGCUACACUCGUCACCCGUUUCUUACACGACCUUCAACGAAUUAUAAUUUCACCCAACUGAAACCAUACGUCACAGAUCGUUUAACGAUUAAUUCAUGUCUAUUACUUUUACACACAAAAUAUAAUGUAAUAGUACCUAAUAAAUUUCUAAUAACACUAAAAUAUUUUGUUUUUGCAAGUGUUGUAGAUUUAAAAAUGAAAUCAGCAUCAUCAUCUUUUUUGUGUUAAAUUCAGUAGUUAUAUAGUAACCGUAUUUAUGUUUGAAUAUUAUAUUUGUGUCAUCAUUAAUUCCAAAUUAUUUUUUUAUAAUUUUUGUAAAUUACAAUUCUAAAAUACGAUGUCAUCAUUUAAACAAUAUUAUCAAUUAAAUGUACUGUAUAAAUAUAUAUUUAUUUCUAUAGUACAUAUAAUAAAUAUAUUACUGUAAAUUAGAUACGGGACAAAAAAACGUAUCUUUUUUUUCUGCCUGUUAACAACUUUUAAACCAGAAAUCAGUAUUUGUAGAGGUAUUCUCUGGUAGAAAAUUUUGUUUAGUUAAUAUAUUGCAUUUGGGAGAACGCAAUUUUGAUUUUCCUUAUAGUUUUUCCAAUGAUUGGGAAAAAGAGGAAAUUUACGCAAUAACAAUUUCUGUUAUUUUUGAUUUUUUUUUUUUUUUAGUGUAAUUUAACAAUUUAACAAUAUAAUAUAUUAUAUUGUAUUACAUUCAACUAUUUAAAUAUGAUUAUAUGCGGUUCAUGCUUGAGUAAUAGGUAUGUGCGUUUGAAUGCGUACGAUUCGAUUAUGAUCACUAACGCCACGGGGUCGUAUAUUAUACAAAUAUAUACUAAUAUUAUUAUUGUUGACUUUUAUUUCUGUUGGUUGUAUCAAUCUAUUUUAAGCCAUAUAAAGCGGCAACUCUUAAGAUGAUGUCACACUUGCAUAUUAUGCUGUCUCCGUCUUCCAUUCGCACGGCAUAAGAAAUUAGCGUUCAGCAAAAUCAAUUUUUUGUCUGCUUAAAAAAUUGAAAAUCAAAAAUAAUCAGCAUAAACCCAGAUGAUUUCCUUUCCAUUAAGUCUGAUAAUAAUAGGUCAAUCCACUCUAAUAUUGAAAUUGGCAGCACAAAAUUGGUUCUUGUUGAGACAAAAAAAUGCGUAUGUAUUUGAGUGGCGUCUUCAUUACACCGAUCCAUCAAUUAUUGUGUUUAAACAGAAUAUGUCAUUCACGAUUAUUACAUGAUAUUAAGUUCACUUGACAGGCUUUAAAAAAACGAAUUAUUUUUAGAUUCUGAACGGACAAGGAAUUUAUUGGUUUUACUAUGGUACUGCUUAUUUUUAAAAUGUAUUUUUCAAGCAACUUUCAUACUAAAUGGGAAAACAUGAAAAAAAACUUAUACAGAGACCGAAAAAUAUAAAACAUUUUUAUUAUUACAAUGCAUAGGAAAAUUGUAAAUUUCAAUUCGUCGUUAGUGUCUCCGGAUACCGGUGAUUCUUUUCCCUCGGGAGAGGGGGAUCAUUGUUUGAUAACACCUGUAAAAUUCUUGUCGUCUCUGUAACCUGUAACAGUACAAAUUACACUACUGCACAGUAUACACAUACGUAUGAUACAUACCUACUCAUAAUUUUUAUAAUUUUUCUAAGAUACCUAUACAUUUUCAUAGUUUCAUAUUAUUGUUUUUACUAAAUCUACGCCGGAUCUCGAAAGUGAGGGGGGGGGGGGGGUUAUGACCACUUACUGACUUUGUUUUUACGUUUUCAUUGAGGUUUCCGCAGAUCUUGUCUUUGUGAUGAAUAAAAUAUUAUGUAGUACUAAUAAAAUGAUAAUGGAAGGAAAAAAUAUUGUCGAGUUGUUGUAUCUUAUAAUAUUAUAGCAUAUAGGUUUUGAUUCUCUUGCACCGAUGAUGACAGCGUGAUAUACACAAUACUCAUAUAAGUGUAAUAGGUGGAAAUCCGGGGGGAAAAGCUUGAGGGGACUUAUUCUCCUGGAAUUUCAAUAGCCUCUUGACAUUUAAACUUAAAAAACAUAAUUCGUUAGUAUAGUUAUUUUAUAUAAAUAUCCAAAUAAAUAAAAAUAAAAAUAUUUUUUUCUAUUCGUUUGAACGUAACGCAUUAAAACGAUUUAGUGUGCCUAUCGCAGUACAGUAAAUUUUUACAGCACAAUAUAUAUAAAAAAUAAAACAUAAUUAAGGUUAGAUUUUACAUAUAAAGAUAACUAUUAUCUAUGUUUAAUGUUUAUUAUAGUUAUGACUUACGGGGGUUGCAGAGGUGAAGCCCCUGCUGUUUACUACUACUCUGAUUAUUGCCAAAACCCCCCGCUCGAAAAAAAAAAAAAUUCAACUAAAUGUCCGAUUAUGGGUAUACCGAUAUUAUGUGAUGUAUAUACACGUGCAAAUAUAAUCAUUUCGGAUGAUAUAGAGAAUUCGUUACGCUGUCAUGUGCGGCGGCGGCCGCGGUGUGACGAAAUGAGGCCCGGAUUAGGUUGUUGGGCACGGUUUUUUAGUAUAUUACCGACGUUUGUCCUUGGCACAUCUGUGCGUUGUGUGCGGUGUGUAUCGCACAACAACAAUGGGGCACCCGUGGGCCCCCUUCGUACAACAUUUUCGGCAAUACGCUCUGACCACAUCGCCAAGGACGUGCAUGUGCCAAAACAAUAUUAUCACUAAUAAUAAUCAAGCGCGCGGAUCGUUAAAGAGCUGUUGUGUAUAUAUAUAUAAUAUGUAUGUAUAGUAUAUUAUUAUGGUAUGGUACUCGACGAGUUUCAUUAAAUAGCAAUCCGCUGCUGUAACCUUAUAAUAAAAUACUACAAUACUUGUAAUGAUAUGACGCGUAUUUUCACGUACCUACGUGUAGACCCACGGCCGGAGGGGGGAGGGUGGGUCGCUUUAUUCGCCCGAGCCCGUGCAUACGGACGUUUUAUCGUGCUUGUACAUUUUUUAAUUUUCACGAUGUGAAAAUGGAUCGUCCGGCUUUUUUUAUUUUCUUUUUGUGUCUAAAAACUAAUUUUCUACCAUACAUCUCGCUUCAAUCAACAACUUCAUAUAGAAACUUUCUUGUAGCAUCGUUGACAUAUUUGUUGCACUGUGGGGGUAAUUUUUGAUAGUUUUUAGAUAAUUUUUGAUAGUAGGUAGUUUUCUUAAAAUCAGUUUUUAUUGCCACGUUUUUGUAAAGUUUGUUAAAGUUGUGUCCAUAUAAAUUAGAAAAUUUUAUUGAAAAUGUUGUGAUUUGAACUUUAAAAGAUUAUAAAAAAAAAAAAAUGUGUCACGGAUUUUCGAUAUCUUUGCACUAUCAAAGAAAACACUUAUGAUGAACUUUUUUAAAUAACUUUAUUGAAGCCAAUGAAAUCGAUUUAAAAUAUUAGGUCUACGGUUAUUUUUAUCUGAACUCCAAAAUAAAACUAAAAAUUGCAUACAUUGACCCAUUUUUCUUGCGUUUUUUUUUUUAAUUAUUAAGGAAUCAAUAUAAAACAAUACUAUGUAACGCAAAUAAUCAUAUUAAUACGUUUUCUCUUACAAUAGAACUUACUACAAUUUUAUAAUAAAAAAUAAAAAGUUAAAUGGACAUAACUAAUUAUGAUUUUAGACCCAGUAUCUAUCUUAAAAUAGUAUAGAAUGCAUAUUUGAUUGAGCAUAUAAAUCUAAAUCUAUUAGUGUUAAUGCCAAGUCGAAGAAAAACUUAUUUUUAGCCAUUAUGAUUUCAGCAUAUUACUGUAUAAUAAUAUUAUAUUUGAGUUGGUCGUUUUUUUUCUGGGUGUGUGAUGAUAUAUUCAAGAGCUUACGCUUCGUUAUCAUAGUAUACCGCGAUCUCAAUUGAUAGACAAUAUUUUUGUAAAUUAUUGUAAAUUUUUUUGUUAUUAUAUAUAUUUUUACCGUGUGGUAUAAGUACUUUACGGUGCAGGGAAUUUAAUUGCACUGCAAUAAUCGCUUUCACGUGUAACCGAUUAAUGUCAUUAUAUUUUUCGUUGUACGCAAAAAAAAACCUGCGUUUUAAAACUUUUCUCAAGGCCGAAAUUAUUAUAAAGUCCCUUGGAUUUAUUGCGUGUACAAAGUACAUGCGCGCGCAUAUACUGCAACCUGUCAUGGCUACAAUUUAAAAAAAAAUUAUUCGAGUACCUACAUAUAUUCAGAAAUGCAAAUAUAAAAAGUAUAAUGCUAUAGAAAUCGAUAAACGAGUAAACGUAUAAAUUAUACAAAUUUUUUUAUUUUAUAUAUAUUUAUAUAUAAAUAAAUAUUUAAUUAGUAAUUAGAUUUUUACGAAUAGUGUUCUUUUCACUAUUCUACUACCCGAUACCCAUUUAAGGUAGAGGGCUACAGUCGUUUAUAUGUUAUUUAUGUAUUUUAUUCUUCUAGUUAAUUUUAGUUCUUACAGUAGUUCGAUUUUUUAAAAAAAAGCUGGUACUACUUAUGAGUGCGCUAUUGUUAUAGGUGGAAAGAUAUAGGAAUAUAGGAUACAUAAAGUUAUUAUUAUAUCUGUUAGCAAUGAUAAAAAAUUGCUAACCAACUAUAUGAGGAUGUUUGGUGUUAGGUCUUUUUGACCAAAAUUGCGUGAUGUUUGUAGUGGUCUUUAUAAAGUUGUAUACAUAAUAAAUAAAAUAAUAAUUCAUAAUUUUAGUGGAAUUUUAUUUAAAUUAACCCUAUACCGCCAUCCAGAGUAAAAACAUUUUUUUUUUAGUUAAUAUUAUUGUAUUUUAUACCUAUUAUUCGAAAUGAAGCACGUGCGUAAUAAUGUCAUUUCUGCCUAUCAGCCUUUUUUUUUUACAUCUAGGUCAAUGGUAGUCAUUGGUUUUAUCAAAUUAAAAGCUAGUUUACUUUUGCAAGAUUCCUGAAGUUUAAUGUGUGGUAAAAAAAUUAUAAUUUGUGGUUUUGACUUUUGAUGUAUGGAUUUUUAAAAUUUUUUUUUUGUACUUCCAUAUGAAGAAAUCCUGCUUACGAGCUUACAGUGAAAAUGUUUUAUAUCAGUUUGAAAUGCUUUAAAUAAUGCUUUAAACCAUAAAAUAUACGAAAGAUGGCAGUCUAUGUGUACGGAGUAGUUGGUCAAAUAAUGUUUGUUUUGAAAUCAAAUGUAUGUAGGUAAUCCAAAUACGCGAUGUAAUCGUAUUAUAAGUGACUGUUUCUGAAAUUACUGUGUUCUAAAUAAUUCUCGGUAUCUUUAUACUAUAUUAUGAUAUUUUAAAAUUCGAAUUUUUAAUUAUUUUGUUACAAUAAAACGAUAGUUGAUAUAAUUUCAAUACCUAUUAUAUAUUUUAAUAUAUUUUUAUAAGCGUAUAUCAGUGGUUUCCAACCUUUGGUCCUCGGACCACUGGUGGUAAAGCGAUAGUGGUUGUCAGAACUUAUUACUUCGUUUAUUUAUACAUGUAUCGUGCAUUAUGUCAUCUUUAUAAUUAUCGCCCGUAAAAUACAAACAAAUUACAAAGUUAGGUACAACAAAAAAAUCGAGGUGGCGAUUUAUCGAAAUUUUCUGAAAGUGGCUGGUCGUGUAUAAAAAGUUAGGAACCACUGUCGCUAAUCGUAUCGAAUUUAUUUGAAUAAUAAUAACACGUCACUUCUAUGUGAAUCGAUGCGUACGGUUUAUUAUAAUAUAGAGUAGGGCGAAUUUCGGUUUUUUUGAAAUUGAGUCAAGUAUUAUUUUUUUUAGUCGAGUCGAGUAUACGAAUUUACUAACAGUAAGCAAUAUAAAUACAUCAAUUUUCCUGUUUUCCAAAACAUAAUUGAUUAACAUAAUUGUAUUCAUUAUUUAAAGGAAUAAAAAAACAAAUCGCAUGAACUGAUAAGAUGGAAAAUAAACUUAGUUGUAUAUGUAGCCUAUAGAUAUACCUAUCGCCUAUUAUAUUACAUUGCUCGCUAAAAUGUAUAUGGUUAUUUAGUUACAUAUUAUUGUGAUUUAAUGUAAUACAGUAUAUUUAAUUAGGUAACGGUUUUCAUUUUUUUUGUAUGUUUCUAAAAUAAUUCGGUAAUAUUAACAUAAAAUCAUUACGGUAUCGACCGUUUAAGAAUGAAUUUUCAAAAACAUGAUAGGGAAUACUGUGAGAGUAAUAUUUGAAACGGCUCAACCCAUCGUCUUAAUACGAUGAUAUUAUAUGAUUCAACGAUUGGUUAACUACGGAUCUACCAAAACAAUACAAAAACGAAGGUAUGAGAACUCAUUAAUCAUUUUUCGAAAUAACGUUGUACACACUUGUAAAUUGUGUGAAAUUGUAUUUAUAACGUUUUGAAACGUAUCAUUAUACGUUCUCGUGAUGUGAACUGAAACAUUGAACUGCAAAUAUUCAAUUAUUUAAAUUAUACACUUUGGCAUAUAUAAUAUAAUAUUGGCGUGUCUCGUUACUCACUGUUUAUGAAUAUUAUACAAUUUUAAUAAAUAUUGAAUUUAGACAGAAAAAAAAAUAUUUCGGUAAACACGAUUGAGCGUAGUAUAUUGCAAGCGACGUUGCCACAUUUAAACCGAAAUUUUGUAAUUUUAGUCCGAGGUACUACUAUUCUUAGGUACUACGUUCAAUAUAUCUCAUGCAGGUAAACUUAACGGUUAUCGACAGUGUUGUCGGUUUUAAUAGACUGGUUUUGCAAUAAAAGUUCCGUUAAAAUUAUUACCAUGUUAGUUUUAUUCGUGAUGGUCGUUAUAAACAUGACGAACUUUUCAAAAUAUUAUUCGGAAGUUUAUAAAUGGUCAUUAUUAUUAUUUAUUUAUAAACUUUUUUUUUUUGAAAUUGAAAGUCUAGCUAUCCAAAUAUUGACCCUUGAAAAAGGUUAAGAGUUAGUUCUAGUAAAUUCAUAUAUUUAGUAUAAGUAUACAUCUAUUAUUAAAUGAUGUUAAAAAAAAAAGCUAAUAUUAUUCCAAGAUUGAGAUGUCCUAAUAAUAAAUGUUCUAUUAUAGCAGUUUCUAAACGAAAUAAAUGUAGUGUUGGACAAGGGUGGCUCCAGAGAUUUGUUUUAGGAGGGGAAGGUUAAGUCAUAAUUUUCAGAAAACUUUAUAACAAAAAUAAACCAACAAUUUUUACACAAAUUUAAACCGUAUCUAUUUUUAGUAUUGGCAAAAAUAUUAAUAAUAUGAUAUCAUGCCCCGAAUUACACGCUUGUACAUGUCUGUAAUAAUCGAUAUGGUGUAAUAUUUUUUUUUUUCUUUUUUGUAAUUUUUUGUUUAAUAAUUAAGAAAUGAAAUUAUAUGCACUUAAUUAGAAUGGGGACUUUAAAAUCACUCUACCACUUUUAUUUUUGACGAAUUAAGCGCUUUUUUAAGGAUUUUAAGUGCAUGUAAAUCCGCUCCCUAUUAAUAAUAUACUAUUUUUUAGAAAUUCCUGCUUAGGGUCCGUGCCAUAUAGGGCUCGGGUGUUGAAUAUUAUAUACUUAUAUAUGCUCAAUCGCAGUUUCUAUCAAAAUUAAUAUGUUAACGCUACUACUCAGUAUGUAAAUAUUCUUUUGUAUUUGUCUUUAAUACACUGACACAUUAACUUAAUCAUGUCGUGAAAAGGUAUGUCAUACUCAAUCGUUGUAAUAGUCCAAUAUUUUGCAUGUCAGUUGGCCAUUUUUCGAGUAAACCGCCUAAAAUAGACGAGUAAAAUAAAGUAAUUAUAUUAUUUUGUUUUAUAUCAUACCUAUAUACUUGGAAAUAGUUUUUCUAGUAUUCAUUUACCAUCUUGUAUUUUACGACCUUUUAACGCUAUUAAAUAAUUAGGAUACAGCCAACAAAACCUUUAUUAUUAUUAUUAUUAUUAUUAUUAUUAUUAUUGUUAUUAUUAUUAUUAUUGUUAUUAUUAUUCCAACAGACAUUUCAAUAAAAUACAAAUUCAAUAACUAUUCGAAUUUCUAUUAUCUGUUGUUACAGCAAAUUUGAAUUAUACAAUAUUAUCUAUAAUAAAUUUUAUAAUACAGGGUGAUUUAAGAAAUAAGUAGCUCAAAAAUUUUACCCAACCUCUUUUUUGUCACUCUUAUUUUAGGGUAAUAGUAAGAAGUAGUUUCACUUCUUACUUUUGAUUUGAAAAUGGUACCCUAUACUACGAAUUCCAUAACAAUAUAAUAUAUUAUUAUGGAAUAUGUUGUAUUAUAAAUAUUAUUUAUAUAUUAUUAUUAUACCAUAUUAUGACGUACCUAUUAGUUUAAAUUAAUUUUUGUAUUGAAAUUGUUUAAUUUCCGACAAUCCGUUGACUAGGUAUUAUAAUUUUAAAAUUCGGCAGGGAGAAUUUAGUGGUGUCUCAUUUGUAUUGCUUGAGGCAUUUUAAUAGUGGUCCUACUAAAAACUUAAAAGUGGAAAAUCUCGUUAACAGGUUGACGGAAAAGAAAUUUUAACAUCAUAAGGUAUUUAAACUAAUACUAUAUCUAUUUAUAGAAAUUAUAAUAUAGGUUGCCAUUUGAAAAUCAAAUUUAGGUAGUGGUAACCCUUUAAAAUAAGGGUGACCAAAAAUAACCGUAAUGCAAUAUUUUAGAGCUACUUAUUUCUUAAAUGAUUUUAAAGACAAAUUUCGAAAAUAGUUAAUACUUUCCGAGACAACGAGUGUCUAACGUUGAUUACCCUUUAAAAUUAACUUGUAAACUAAUGUAUAUUAAUUAUAGUUGUACAAAUAGGUAGCUUACUUAAAUUAAUAUUUUUAAAAAAAAAACGGCAUAAUUCGUACGAUGGUUGGACCACUGUUGUAGGUGAUAAGUUGGAAAGGUAGGAUUUAGAGGGUAAUUUAAUUUAUAUCGGUACGCAACGAAAAACCAUUACUAACUAUAAACGAUUCAUUAUAUAAAUACGUACAUUUUACCUUUAUUUCUACGUUUUUUCUCGUUUUUCCUGAUUAUUAUGAAAACCGCUUAAAAAAUCAAAAAAUGAUCUUCUCAAUGCCCUAACUAAAAUAAAUUUUCUUUCAGAAAAGGUACUACGAUUUAUAUGAACAACAAAUGCUCGUUGGAUGGGGAUUUCUGGUAAAAAAGUUGUUCACAGAUAAACAAAGAAAAACAUUAUUAUAUUUUAAAACCAAUGUAUUCCUUGCUACGCUUUGAAUCUAAAAAACUUAUAUUCAUGGUAGGCGAGUGGUAUGCCACUAUUGUAGAUAGGAAAAUUUAGGGAGGUAGGGCAUAUAAAGUAAUUUAAUUUAUCUGUAGAUAACGAUAAAUCAUUGUUAAAAAAAAAAAAACGUGUCUCCCCAUGGAAACAAAUUGAUAUAAAAAAAACAUAUCUCUUGUGUGAGCCCCACUUUAGGGGUUACAUUAUUUUCCAUACAUAUAUACCACUCUCUAAACGCCCCUGGAACUAAAAAGAGCAAACUAUGAAAUUUUCAGCGAAUCGAUUGAGUAUUUUUUGAUCUAAUAGAUAUAUUAUAAAUCGCGUCUCGGGUAAGUGUUUUUUUAUGUUGUCGAUAGCGGUUAGCCGUAUAAUACGUCGAAUACGAACAAACCGUUUUGGUGACGUGUUUUUAUAUUAAGAGGGGGCUAUAAUACGAGCUUUUCAUUUUUUCCGACAUCGAAACUGAACAGUUUUUCUAUAGAUAUAUAAUAUACAUAGUCAUAAACACACGCGCACACAUACGCUCACACACACAUCACACGACCGACAAACAAUCAAUUCCGUCGCCCCACUACAAAAAAAUAAAAACCGACCAACGGGUUAUGUGUACUGUACACGAAGUGAGAGCGAGAGAGGCGAAGAGAGGGUAUUGAGGUUUUUUUGGCAAUCUAGGACGGACCUUGGAACCUUGGGAAUAUGAACGGCGCAGUCGUACUCGUUUUGUCAGUGCGCGCUGAUCGACAGCUGAUUUUCUCUUUUUUACCGUAUACGCACAUACGGAAAAUAUCGACGUUUUAUGAUUAUUUUUACCGGUAUUUCAUUUUAAACUUGGUAAAUAUGUAUUUCAAAAUAAUCAACUACCAUCAGACGACCCCGUACAAUUCGACGAUGGAAACGAACGUUCACACAAGGUCUAUAUUUUAUUUAACGUAUUGUUAUUUUUACUUAUUGGUAGGUAUACACUGUUCCUUUUUAAAUGUGUAUUUCGUUAAUUUGUCGAGUUUACAGUAUACUAUAUAUUGCAUUAAAAACAAAAAUGAUUUCACCACAUACCAAUACAUUUCGUUAAGAAUACCGUAUGUUGCCAUAGCUUGGCGCAUUUCUAUUUCAAAUUUGAUUUCCAACAAUAUCGCAAUAUUAAAGAUUAUACUACUGUUUUUUAAUUCGAAUAAAUUGGUUUAAAAUUUAAAUCACUAUAGUUUUUAUUAGUAUAGACUUCAGACAAAAAACGAAGUAUAUACUAAUAUAUGAUAGAAAGUUAAAAGUAGACUUUCUCGGCUCGACAUGACGUAUUCACUGUAUACUAUAAUAUACAAAACCGUUAAAGACCUUGUGGUCACAUUUUGAUUAUUGUUCUAUAUAUACAUAUAAGUAGUAUGUACCUGUAUAAUAUUUUUAUUUUCUAACAAACGCGAAUUUAUAUCCUAAUUAUAUGUUCACGGUAAUAUUUUGUACGAUUUAAUGAGCCAAUGUGACCUUCUCAUUUUCCGCAACCUUACAUUUUCAAACAUUUCAACAAUAGUAUUAAGUACUUUAGCUUCUCUUUUUUCGAAUAUUAUAUAUAUAUAUAGGUAUAGUCCAUUUCCAAAAUGAAAAACGUAUGAUUAAUGAGUGUCAAAAGUUUGAAAACUUAUGAAUAGACGACCUUCGCGACGACGUGUCGAAAUGCAUUUUUUAUGUCAUUAAAUAUAAAAUGUGAUGACUCAAUUCGUUUAGUUGUACGUCUAACUUUGAUUGUUAUAUAAUAAGGUAAAUACUAUGACAUUAUGUAAAUGAUGCCGUUUUCUCAAUUUUAUCAGCAAAAAAACAAAAUUGUUGUUUAGGUAUACCUACUUAAAACUAUUAUUGAUUUAUUGACCUAUGUUAUGUCUUUGUUAUCAUAUAUACCUACAAUUUGAAAUCAUAUUUGUGUUUAUAUAUUUCUGAUUUCAUUUAAUAUUGUGUCGCUAAACAAUAAAUAACAUUACGUGUUUGUUGAUUAACGUUUUAAAUUCAAUAUAUUUUCUCGAUUUUAUUUGAAUUAUUUGUUCAGCGAUUAUUUAAUUUAGGUAAUUAUAUAUAUAUACAUAUAUAUAUAUAUAUUUUCCAAAUUAUUUUGGUAUUUAAAUAGUCGGUAAAAUAAUAGAAGUAAAUUAAUACAUUGAAUUAAUUUUAUGCAACAAAUUUUGUAUACCAAAUUUAACUUAAUUUAUUAUUAUUGCCCCAGGUGUAUUCAAUUAUGUACAUAAUAUAUUAGGAUCCUUUAUAAGUUCUUCAUUGUUAUUUAUUAAGUCUGUUUUAUACUGUUUUCCGCUGAAAUUUAGAAGAUAAUAAUAUAUAUGCACGUCUAUUAGUUUAUUACCUACUAUAUAAUAUGUAAUGUGAUUAAUCGGAUAGUGUGUAUGUAUAAUAACUAAAAUAUUUAGUUAACUUAUAAAUUACGUUCAUGUUAUCAAAUCAACCAAUUAUUUUACAUAAUUGUGUACAAUUGGAAAAACUAAUAUGGUAAAUGACAUACAAUUUAACACUUUAACCAGUUAUUAUACAUAUUAAUUGUAUUAACAAUAGUAAACUAUUAUGGUUUGUUAAAAUGAUAAAUUGUAGGCUAAUAUGAAAAAUGUAUCACUUUCACUUAAGUGGCUGGUUAUUAUGUAUUAUCACCAGUUAGUAUAACGAAUUUCAGGAAAUCAUAAAAUAGGUAUCAUACUAACAAAAUUGAUCAAAUUAACAGUAACAUAUAUAUAUAAAAAUUAAAUUCUAUUGUUUACAACUUGUAUAAUACAUAUUUUGUCUCUAAUAUAUGCUAAUUAAAAUAUCGGUGUAUAAUACACGCUGAGUUUGUUAAUAUAUUUGAUUAAUAGGUACGUAUGGAUUUAGAACCGUGUUAUAAUAGUAAGUUAUAAAAAAUUUGUAUUAGCCUUAAUGCUAUGUAAUUGUUUAACGUAUAUGAACAAUAUAUUAACAUACCGUCCUUGUUAUUAUGGAAAAUUAAAUGUUGAAUUAUUUAAACCAAAUUUAUAUUAUAAAUACAUUAUACUAAUAUCUAACAAAUGUAAUAUUAUUGUGACUAUUAACCCUCGUAUAAUAUCAACUAUUAAGAUAUAUCAUAUAAGUGAAAUAUAUGAAAUAUGUUUCUAUAAUUAUAAUUGAACUCAAAAAAAGUUAAAUACCUAAGUUUUUUAAACGGUACCUAUAUUAUAUUAUCUUUAUUAUUUUUGAAAUUACCGACAGUUUUAAAUUACUAUACCAAUUUAAGUCAGGAAGCAAUAACAAUCAAAUACGGGAUGAUCACAUAACCUAAGACAUUAAUUUUCUCGAAAACUAUAAACUGUUUUUGAAAUUUGUUUUUUAGAAAAUUCAAGUUAUUUCUUAGCUUUGAAAUUUUAUAUUGCCGCUAUUUGUUGUCACUCUUAUUUUUCAUACCCUUGUUUUUUUUAUAAAUAAUGCUCCAUUACCUUCCCCUAACUCACAAAACGACAAAAUUAAGAUUACAUUAACACGUUAAAAAUACCAUUUCCAAAAUCUAUUUAAACUACAAAGUCAUACAUUUUUGAAAUUGUUAAUAUAGUUCAGUACUUAGCAAUGAAAAGUAGUUUUCAUCAAAGUUAUACCAAAAGAAUUACGAUAAAGUAAUAUUUUAGAACUUUUUUUCCCUUAAAUUUCCUAAAAAACAAAUUCUGAAAAAAAUUAGUACAUUCCGAGCUUCUGAAUGUCUUAUGUUGAUCACCCUGUAUGAUAAAUAUUUUUUAGCUGUUUUAUUUCCUAACAUAUGGAAUUUAUUAGAUAUUUUUAUAAGUCUGGUCCAAACUAAAAUUUUGACAUUUUGGUUAAAUCUGUAAUUUUAUGUAAUCAACGUGUUUAAAUUUAAUAAAAGAAUAUUUUUAAAACGUAGUUUUUCUUUGAUAAAAUAUUAUCUAACAAACACAACUGUAUCAUUAUAACAUAUUAAUUAGGUAUUUGAUUAUGAUUAGUUAUUAUAGGAUCAAAAUUCAAUAAUAUACGUAUGCAAAUGCAAGUAUGCAUUUUUAUUGUAUACUUACAAUAAAUCAUAAAUAUGUAAUUUUUAAGAAAAUUGUUAAAUAAUAUGCAACAAAAAAUACCACACAUAAACUGAUUUUUAGCUCACUUAGCUAUAAAUUGAAAACUAUAAUUACAUUUAUGCAACUUCUAUAAUACUUCCCAUCCAUAAUAUAAUGACUAAUCACUUAUGAGUAUGUAUACUGAUAUAAAAUAAUGUAAUAUUUAAAUUUAAUUUUUAUUUUCAAUUAGUAUUAUACUUAUGGUGUAAUAUUAUAGUUAUACACGUCUAAACGCAGUGAAACAAUAAUUAAUUAUUCUAAAAUUAUAUAAAAAAGAAAAUGUAUUAUUUACAAUGUAACUUCUACGGAAUAUACAAAGCAUUUAGAAUUGUGAGUUGAUGCUAUCGAUCUUUUCCAUGCCGUUCAUUUUAAAUGUCAAACAUCGUUUGAGUCCCCUACCUCCUCUUUAUAUAUACCACCCUCAAGUCCCGUGCUGUUUACGUCAUAACCCCUCUACCCCGAACUCCAUGUAUCUCGUUUCCCUUUCUAAACCGUUGAAAAACGUCCAUCCCUUUGUGUACGUGUGAAGAGGAACAGGGACAGGGAUUGCGAAAUAUUGCGCCAUCCACUGACUCACCUACAUACAAUUUCCUAUCAUAGUGUUAUCUGAUGAAAUGCAUAUGUAUAAACUAUAUUGUCAUCGACAUUACAAUUUUUGAUAAAGUAUCUACGGUUCAACAUAUUUUAUUAUUAUUUAUAUUUUAAAGAAUUUAUUUUUGAUUAAAUAAUUAUAUUUUUAAUAUCAUUGUUCAAUUUUCAAUUUCGUUUUUAAUUUAUUUUUUCAAGUCUAUUAACAAAUUUUUUUUAUCGGAAAUAUUACUCCAUUUAUAAAAUGACAAAAGAACUUUUUUACAGAAUUUUUGGAUUUAGUAAGUGCAUUGGGAGGUUAUUUUAUUUUUCUUAUAGUUUUUUUAUAACUGGGAAAAAACAGAAGAUAAACGGGAAAGUUAACGGGUUUUUAUUUUCGAUUUUGUUUUUAAAAUUAGUCAUAGAAACAAGAAAUUUUCGUAGAACACUCAAAUUAGCCUUUUUUUUAGAUGCGGUAAAAUGUUUGAGCUCUUUUUAGGUAUUUAACAUUUUCGGUUUUGUUUUUUUUUUUGUAGUAUUUAUUUUUUUUAUGUAUAUAAAAUUGUUUAGCUGAACAGAAAUACUUAAAAAUUUAACACUAGGUCCAUUAUAAUUUGCACAUAGAGUUAAUCAAAAUUUAAGUGCAAUGCACCUAGUAUAGUUUAUAAGUGUUUUCAAGUUUAAAUUUUGACGAAAAUAGUAAAAAAUUACAUCAAUUUAAAACUUGUUUAACCAAACUUCACUUAAAAUUGUAUUUUUUUCAGUCAUAAUUUGUCGUUGUGUACAUAUAUAAAUUAAAUAACUAUAUGGAUAUAUAUAUAUAUAUAUAUAUUACUCUCUCAACUUUGCACCUACAAUAAACUGGUAUCGUAGGUACUGAAAAUAAAUUUCAAGAGGUGGGAGAGGUCUACAAUCAGUUUAAUAGUCGUCUUAUACACGCAUAUAUUUUUUAAUACGUUUAAACGUACACCACUAUUGGACACCUUUCCUCCAUUUGUGGCUUUUAAUAUCUAUAUAAUUCAAGUAACAGUUUUUUUUUUAAAUCCGAAGGUUGCGGCCGCCCCUUCCCUCGAAUUUUUGACUGGUUUUAAGUCGCAUUAUAUUUAUUAUAAAUCAAUGAUUUUCAACAAAAAAAUAUUUCUAUUUUGUUCUCAGAAACUUACCCCUUUUUGCUUAUCAGAUAUUUUCUGAUUAAAUUUUUCUAAUAUUAUAAUGUAACAAAAUAAACACACAUACACACACAUGUAAUUAUAAAUGUUUAUGAGUGUGUGUGUGAACUAUAUUUAAUGUUUAUUCUGGGCAAGCGUGAGGCGCUAUGACGGGGAAUGGGUGGGAUAUAUUACCCCGAUGUUUUCUAUGAAGGGUUCGUUGGGCGGCGUUGGCGGUCUGACGUCAAUGAAUUUUAGCGCCGCCCACAAUAUUGUUAGCUAAGGCUCGUGUACCUGCUAUUCGGAUCGAAGUCUCAUUCAGCAAGGCCACAAGUGUCAAUGGGCAUCGGGACAGUCUUAUUCUCGAUAAAAACUUUUUUUACACCCAUUUUCCGCUCAUUUUUUUUAAAUAUACGUUUAUAUGUAUAUUUUUUUUAUUUAAAAAAUAACCAUUACCACCUGCAAUAUAAGUAUAUUGCGCAUUCAUAAAAUGGACGGAGUCGCUGAUGGAAAUGUCAUCAUCAGGUAAUAUAAUUAAUAAUUAUUAGGUACCUAUAUCAUUGAGUAUUAUUUUUACUUAUAAAAAUUGUUCGAAAACUGCGAAUAACAUCCGGAAUUUGUAUUUUUGUUACAGUAUAUUUUUAAUUUAACAAUAGCAAUCGAUAUUAUAAUAUAUUAUAUUAUAUUUUCUAUCAUUUUUUUCUCUAAACUUAUAUCGACACGUCAUAUUUUAUACCAGCUCUAUGAGUAUAAAAGAUAGUAUUAUUAUAUUGAAAUUUGUCGAUUGAAAGUACGAAUAUUGUUAUUUUCUUUUAUACCGCAAUAAUAAAAAAAUAAUAAUUAAUAUUCGGCCUUAGAGUAUUGAACAAUCGUAUAAUUCUCGGUACCUAUAAUACCUAAUCUGAAUUAGAAUUCGCCCACAGCGAAUCGUAUACUUGGAUCAAUUUCUUUUUAUACUUAUAUAUAUACAAAAUUACUAUACCUAUGUGUUUAAUACCGCGGAAUAUACUGCAGGGCUGCGCGUUUAUUAAAAAAGUCUUCUGUUUUUAUAAUAAUAAAAAAAUAAAACAUACACUCGUACAGUGUAUAUAAUUCAACAUCUGUUAUACAUUAUUCUUGUCAUUAAAAUAAUACAGCUCAUAUAUUUUAAAUUUAUCACCCAACUCUUAUUAAGAGCUAUGAGAGAUAAUAUUAUACUUAUUAUCCCUGUAUCUAGUGUAUAAUUUAAGGUACUAACCGACAAUUAAGAUAAGGUAUUAGGUAUUUUUACAUUCAAUAAUAUUAUUAUUGUAAAAUAUAAUUUAUUUUUCUUUUGGAAAUUUGUCAUAAAAAUAAGAUUUGUACCACAAUUGUAGGUGUGUAAGACACCAAAAAAUUAUUUUAUGUUUAUCUAUACACAUCAAGUGACCAUUGCUAAAUGAAAAACAAUUCUGAGUGAAGUUCGGUUAAAAUUUUUUUUUUGAAAUGUCAUGAUACGAUAUUCGUCAUAAUUUGAAUCUAAAACACCUACAAAAAAAUGCUGCAUUACGUUUAACUUUGUUCCUACCACCAAGUAAACUUUGUGACGAACCUUUUCAAACAUUUUUUCUUGACCAAAAAUAUUCUGCUCAAUUGUAAAAGCUGAAUAAAAAACUAAAAAAACUAGAACAUUUCAAAUGCCUGUUUUAUCGUGUCUAAAAUAGUCUAAUAUAAAUAUUCUGUGAAAAUAAGAUUAUUUUUAACAAUAAAAUUAAUCAAAAAAAUAGCGGAAACUGUUAUUGAAUACAUUUUCUAACUGGUUUUUUACAAUUAACUUAAACGAAAGUCAAAAUAUGACCUAAAAACAAUGCCUCUUUAACUUGAUAAAAUAUAUACUUUCAGAAAAGUUGCACUUGCAAAUCGGACCAAUAAUUUCUAGUAGGAACAAUGUUAACUGAUACAAAAUAACGCAUCAUAUAGUUAAAACAGUAACAAUUUACACGUUCCUCGUUGGGGAGAACUAACAGAGAAAUAUGAACGUAUAUAGUGUUUACACAUAGAAUAAAUUGUAUGUGUGCAACAAAAAAAAAAUAAGCCGUGAUUACAGUAUAAUAAUAUUAUAUUGUAUAUAGCAAUAUCUAUAUCUUACAUUUUAUGACAUUCCCACCGUUUAAUAAUAAUUUCGUGUAUGUUUCAUAAUAACUUGAAUGUUUCUAAUCGCUCUGUAUAAUAUUAUCACGUAUAUAUUAUUAUUAUGUGGCAUGCCGAAGCAGUUGAUGCGAUUCGUUGUAACUUUUUGUUUGUUCAUCGAAUAAAAUAAAUCGUACAUUAUAAUAAUAAUAAAACAUUUUUUAUUAAUUUUCAUUCAAGUAUGUACUAUAUAUAUAUAUAUAUUCAAGUAUACAUAUAAUAAUUUAUACAUAAAGUGUUGAAGCAUUACGAUCAACAAGGCUAUUAGAGGCUCAGUGCUGGUUAUCUACUGCAGUGAAAACUUUUGAGUCGUUAAAAAACUACGUUAAACAAAAAUAAAUAAUAAUAAUAAUUUACGUUUGAAAUACUUAUGUACAUUUACAAUAUAAUAGUUACGACGAUACCCGACGUAUGGAAAACAAAUUAUUUUCAGUCGUCGAUAACUGUACAAAUAUUAUAAUAACAUUAAAUAUAGUUAUAUCCGGGAAUACUGAUUGUACGUGCGUGUUAUUUUAGUGAAACUAUUAUUUACCCAUCAUUGUAGUCGUGGCUAUAAUAAUAAACGUAUACGAUGAGUAGUAUUUUCCGCGAUGGAAAGUGCAAUUUCUUUAAUUUAAUAUUUAUUAUUUGCUAUAAUAUUAUAGCCACUCGACUAUAAUAAUUAUAAUAAUAAUAUACAGUCAUCGCUCGAUGUCAGAAUACUUAUUUAUGUGUAUACUUAAUAUAUUUCACGUUUAUUUUCAUAUAGGUCUGUUCACGUUAUAAUUUUAGUUGGGAUUGCAAUGCACUUUGCAUUGUUUUCCGAAGCUCGCUGUGCGACACUCGUUUCAUGUUUGAAUAAGAAUUUAGAAAUUUUAUUUUUCAUUUUACGCUAAUGUUUUAUUUUUAAGUAAUUUUCUUCGUUUUAUUAAGAACAAAAUGGUUUGUGGCUUUUUUGUGGAUUUCGGGUCUUACAUUUGAAUUUGAAAUUUAAUUUUUAAGAUUUUCACACACUAGCGAGAAUAAAAAUUUAAAUGAUUACUCGAAUAUUGAAAUAUCGAUCAAUAGUGUAAUGAUAAAUUUGAAAUAAAUAACAAACUCGUUUCGUGUAUUUUUAAUCGUGAGUAAGACAUUUUUUUUUAAUUUUUUUUUUUUUUUUUUUUGAAGAGCCUUUUUAGGGUCUUAUGGAGGAUUUUCACAUUCCCAGUGUUAAUUAUCAUGUAUCGUUUGGUCCGUGAUUAGUUUACCUCGGCCGAACAUCGUUUAACGGAAAUCGGCUUGUUCGAGGCCACAAAUAAUAUUCUGUUUUCUAAUAUCAUACGCGUGUUUAAGAAGUACGACGGUAGAUUCAACGAACCGUAUCAUUUGGUUAUUAUUAUUAUUUAUAAUAUACAAGCUGAACGCUACACCGCACAAAAAUAAACAUCUCAAUAUUGUCAUCAAAAUAAUUAAUACAUGCAGCGUGCACGGGUCGUAUGCGUGAGCCGAACCUCAUAUUAUAAUGUAUGACUAUUUCUAAAAUUAUUUAAAUUUGAGAGGAUGUCACACCAGUAGCGUAACUAUAGAACACCUAAUGCCCGUGGCAAAAUGUUCUGAAUUAAGUUGGAUCUCAAUUUACACGGACUGAAGCAGAAGAAAAAAGGUCUGGUUUUUUCGGCUGUUUGUCCACUCAAAAUAAUGCCUUGAUCCUUGAUUUGUGGCCCCUAAAUGCCACGGGCCCAUGAUCCGUCAUACUACCCUAUCGGUACGCCAACGCAUCACUCAGUAACAUUGGCCGUCUCUGUUUUUCUUUAACGGGCAAUAUAUUUUACAUUAUAGCGACAAUGUGUUUUCCGGCCUCGUUGUAUAAUAAAGUUAAGGCGAGCGAAAGCGAUCCGUUUUUUUUUUAUACAUUCCGACAAAUAUAUAAGACAAUCGUGUUACGUCUGAAAAUUAGAUAUUCUUUUCAAUAAGUCUGUAUUAUUCAGAAACGCCACUGAAGUACCGUAGCCGAACUCUGAAAACGCAUUUUUUACCAAUAUUUUACGGAAAGACGGCCAAUGCCACUGUGACGUUUUCUCACAGUUAACAUAUUGAUUGACAUACAAAUGUCAAUCGGCCCUGUUACACUCUGCAUUAUGUAUGGGUAUAGCACUCGGAGUGCACUUCGCGUCGUGGUAUUGAAUAACCCGCCGAAAAACGCAAUAGGGGUGGGACGACGGGGGAGAGGGAAUGAAAAGUGUCAAAGUACAUAUUGUCCGUCGCUAUAUGCCCGUACCUGCACGUGAACGCGUAAAAAUUCGCGAACAUACCAAUGUACAAUAUAGCGUAACACGUAUGACCGUAGCAAUGAUAUUGAUGAUGAUCGCGCGUGUUGCGCGACCGUGUCGCCGACGGAAACGUCACGAUGCACAACGGCGCGAAUAUAAUAAUUGUUCGACGACGACGGUGUUGUCGGCCAUUUUGCUUUCGGCGAAUUUCCCGACCGACGGACUGAAACGGUGCCCGCGCUCCUGUGCGGGGCGGCACAUGCCCGUCGCACCUGUGUGUGCACAACGCGGCGGCGUUCACAAUUGCGCCGCGGGUCGCCGUCUCCCAUUCCGAUUCUGUUGCGCGAGCCUCCGGGCGCGCGCGGCAAAAGCCCGAAAAGCGCGCGGUCGGUAAUAAUGUCGUCCCGUCGCAUACGGCCGUGCAUAGUUGUUUACCGACAGCCGUCACACAUUGUACGCGGGCGUAUUUUAUUAUUAUUUUUUUUUUACUACAUACAAAUACGCCGUCGAUCCGAAUAUUGUCAUAAUGUCGUUAUCGUCGUGGUUUUCGACGCGCCGACGACUGUUUCGUAAUUUUUUUUCCUCCUCUACAAUUGUUUUCGACGACGUCGCGCGAUACAUUAUUAUAACAACGUACGUGUACCGCGCGAUACGAUUACGGUAUUAUUAUUAUUAUUAUUAUUAUUAUUACUAUGGUGGUCGCGGCGGGCACAUCACGCGUUCCCGGCGAGCGAUUUCGUCGCCGCCGCCGUUUAAUAACCGUCCGUCAUUUGAUUACUGCGCAAUAUUGUUGCGACAACACUGUGGUGAUUAUACGAGACGACGGCCGCGCGGCGUUCCGUUCGCGAAUCGCGCGCGUCGUAUUUUACGGUUCCGCGUGCGCCGUACGGCGGGGCGUGGGUUUCGCGACGCGGCGCGUUUAUCCUAUUGUGUUUUUCCGCGAACGAUUUCAACCCGGACUUUCCGGUUUUAGCGCUUUCGCCGGGAGGAAAUUGGCCCGGGGGCCGGGCGGGCGAAGGGCCGUUUUUCGAUUUUCCCCCGGGGGUUUUCGUGUGAUGAACGGGAAAAUUCACAAAGUUCGUUGUUUUCGUCGAUCGCACAAACGCGAGCCACGAAUAGUUCUGCUUUGUUGAUCUCGAAGAUCGGUGGUUCGAGUCGAUUUUCGGCAUUUUAUAAUAAUUCGGUCCGGUGUAAUUUUGUAAUUUUAAUUUUAAUUAAAAUGUAAUUUCCCCCCCUUUAUUCGAUCGAAACCGCGUGGAUCAUCAAACUCUUCGAAAUCGAUCCGAGCCGUUCUUUUUUUCGGGCCCGAAAAUAUACGUAUAGUAACACAAUAUGUUGCGUGCAUAUUCAUUGUUAUUGUACGGUUAAUUAUUUUCUUCGGUAAUUUAAAAAGCGUCGAAUGUAUUUUAAUAUUAACGGAUCGGAAGAUCCGACAAAAAAAAAAAAAAAAAGUAGCCAAUUUUAAAACGAUAAUUCCUUUUCCGACCUCGGCCGUAUAUAUGUAGACGUAUAAUAUUCUAUUGAAUUCAGCCUUUGGUACAAUAGGUCUGAAACCUAUAGUAUUGGCCCUGUGUAUUUUUAUAGACUCUACGUUUAUGGUUACGGCCUCGAAACAGGACGUGCCGUAUAGUUUUCGGAUUCGCUUAGCUCGGGGUCCGACGGCAAUAGUAAUAAAUAAUGUACGUGAAAAUCGGAAAAUUUCGCCGGUGCCAAAAAAAACUACAACUCGUGCGCAACGCGAACAUACGAACGUGUAACAUAGUUAACAAUCGGAAUUUGUUUGUUGUAAUAUCACUAUGCCGGCCGCGUUGUUUAUGCGACGUUGAUGUUGUUUAUCUCGUUACGUAUUGUGUUUUAAACAGAAAAUAAAUAAAUACAUUUACGCGCGUGUAUGUACUUCAAUAUACUCUCGUGUAUAACAUGAAUUCACGACGAAACGCGCGUCACAGCCGUUCAGUAAAAACAUCGUUGACCGAGUCGGCCCCGCGCCCGGCGUUCGCCGUGCCACAAUAAUAUAAUAAUAUGUAAAUUGUAAAGGACGUCCAUUUGUACGACACCUAUAACGUUCGGUACGGUGUGUACAGAGGGCGACCGUGUAUUUAAAUAACCUUCCGAGACGAGAUACGCGGAGAUUCAGAGUGCCGCGGUGUUGUACUGUGAACUCGACGGUUUGUUUUUUUUUUUUCUUUCUUUCUUUCCACGUCGCCGGACUGACGGAAUAUCGUUUAAUGACAUUUUGUCGCGCGCGUAACCUCGAUCGUGUUGUUUAAUAUCGGCCGUAAACGAUUUUGAAACUGUCGUGAUUGUCGAUACUGUCGCGAUAAUAAACCGCGUAUAAUAAACCUAGCUACGCGGCGAUAUAAUAGUGUUCAGCAAGCGACGGUAUAUACAUACACACACACAUAUAUAUAUAUUUAUUUAGAAGCAAUCUGUUUUCCCGACACACGCGUACAACAAUACUUUUUAUUGGAUUUGAUUUUUUUUUUUUUCGUAAAGUUUCGUGGUAUAAGCUACACAAUUUCCGCACACACGCCCUCCCAACCUCGUCAUAAAAUUUACAAUGUUCGGUAAUGCGUGACCCUUCGCGUAUUGCGACGGCUAACCGAGGCGUCGGCGCACACCCGUGUAAAGCGAGAAAACGCGCUUACCGAUAAUGUAGUGAGGCCGGCGGCAAACCGGCUUGGCUCCGUAAUAAAAUACGUGGGCUUUACACGGAUGCCCGAAAAGUAAAAUAAACGACAACCACAACGAAAACGCCAACCGAUUCGUGAUGGCCGAGUCGGUGCGGGUGUGUAAUACGCAUAGAGUACGGUGUAAUUUUCGUUCACUGCCCGUAUAAAACGGCUGACACCGAAUUCGUUCCCGAGCUCUUGUAUAGUCAUAUCCCGCAUGCCGAAUCAGUCCCCGUUUAAAAAAAAAACGUAUUUUAUAAAGGCCUAGCCGAAUCGGUUCCCGUUUAUUACCCACAUUGUUGUACGAUAAAUACAAUACUUGGAAAACUGUAUGACGGAAUACGUUAAAUGUGGGACGCCUAAACGAUUAAAAUGUUUGAAAAAAGUUUACUUCAAAUUAUCACCUCAACAACAUUAAUUUAUUGUUAUUAUUAUUUUAUAUAAACGAUAACUUUUUGGCUUUAAGUUCAACGUCUAAGACAAUUUUAGAUUUUUAUUUUUAUUUUCAAUUAUUAUUGUUAUUUAAGAGGUGGCCGAUAAUUACUUCAUUUUACGUACACUUUUAACCGUGCCUACUUUACUUCUAUGUUGAUAGUCCUAACCAAUUAAACCAGUAUAGUGGAUAACAUCGCAAUUUACAAACCAAUUCGGCUACGCCCUACAAAACACCCAUCGUCGUAUAGUUAUUCGAAAAUGAUAAGAACCGUUUUCGGUAUCGCGACCCGGUCGCAUUAUGUUAACGUAAUAAAAGCUUACCCGACGUGGUUUCGCGUAACAAAUCGGGGUUCUUUUUCGAUCAAUUUCCCCCCGUUGUCUCGUUUCUUCGCUUGGUCCGGGGUCCCGGACGAAGUAGUUUGACAUUUAAUUAUAAUGUAUUAACGUUAAAACGUAUUACAAAUUUAAUUAUGAGUAUAGAAAUUUCGUUCUCGGGGCCCUAGUUCGUCAUUAUCGACAUGGAAUAGCCCCACCCGUCCCAAUACACCGCCGUCGCCACGUUGCUUCGGUGCAGUGUUUUCCACGCCCGGUGUGCGCCCGAGAGAGGUUUUUCGAGCGCCGGACACCGUUGUUUGGCGGUAUAUUAUUCGGUGUAUAACACAGUGGCGUUACGCAUAUUAUACCUACGUCAUAACGUUCCGAGGACGGUAAAUCGAUUCGCGCGGCGCCGAACGGUGUACCGGAGGGGGCGUGGGGCGGGCGGGCGAAGAGAUUCGAAAAUAUGUCAUCGGUAAAGCGUUGUAAAAAAAAUAAUAAUAAUAACGACCGAUUAUUUUUCGAUAAUUCUGUAAUAUUACUGUGUUAGAAAAAAAAAAAAAACUGUUGCCGAGCGACACUUUAACUAACGAGUGUUACUAUUCGCUACGCGGCCAUAUUACAAUAAUAUUGAAUUUGAUACGUAUCGUACGGAAGUCUGUAUUAAAUUUCGUACUUUCGAAAUCGUAUACGCGGGCCACCGAUCUAAUCGUGUUUUUCUUAUUAUUAUUUUUUUCCCCGAAAGGGAUAUGUGUAGUCGUUAUCAUUAUUUAUUAUAUACGGUCGCACAGUCAUAUUAAAUCAUGUAUCGAACCCACGAGUUAAUAAUUUAAUAACCUUGAACCGGAAUUUAUUAUUAACGUUAUGUUUCAGUUUUUAUGCUGCGGAGAAUACGGUUGUCGGUUAUUUACGACGAUUAAGUUGUUGUUGUUUUUUUUUACUCGCAGCGUUCCUCGCGCGACUUAAUAAAAUAAAUUAUUAUCUUUAUUGUUUUUAUUAUUACUGCGUAUCUGUACGGUAAAUCGUUAAAAAAAAAAUCAAUACAACGUUGUCUAUGUUACUUAUAUUGUAACGUUGAUGAGAUGUUAAUACUACGGUCCUUUUAUUUAAGAAUGGGGUCAGUCGUGUCCCACGCCCGAAAAAAUUGCAGAACAUAACCUCAAAUAUUCACGUAUUGCUUCCAUUGGUGAUGUAUACACUAUAUACAGUGUAUCAUUAUACACGGAUAGAACAUAAUAUCAUGUAUUCAAAUAUGAUCGAAGAGCAUACUUUACAGUUACCAAAGUGUUUACUUAUAAUUAAAUUGUGGGAUCAACCAUACGUGAUGUUGUACUGACGCCCCAAAAAAAGUCAAAAAUUUUGUAAAAUAAUAAUAUUAUUUAUUGUUUGCGUUAAAUUGCGUAUAACAUCUUCGAUCGUUUAUACUCUGUUAAAAAUAAUAUAAUAAUAUUAGUAUUAAAAUUAAUCACAAAUCGGAUUGAUAAAAAUGCUGUUUAUCAUAAACCAUUAUCUAUAACCGUAUAUGACCAUUGUGGUAUCUAGUAGACUCUUCGCUCCCAGUAUAUCGUGUAUAAUUGGUAUAGGAAUAUCCUAUCCAUGUGUUUAUUAUUUAUGAUUGCUUGGACCGAGGCCCGGCUUCGGUGGCCACCUCCGAUCGAAAUCAACCUUCGAUUUUUCGUAUGAAUCCUAUAGAUAAUAAAGAAAUGGAUUGGCCACUCCUACCUAGAACAAUUGUAAGUGAGGCGAUGUUCCCUGAGGGGUGGUGAACCAAGGCAAAUUAUCAUAUAUACAUAGAUAAAACGCUUCACUUUAUGAAAGUUGGAGUGAAUUUACCCGUCCCUCUUGAAAUGGAUGAGCUUAUCCGUAUCUUUAUUAUCUAUGUCGAAACCUUGCCGAGUAAGUCGGAUCGGUAGGGUUACGUUUGUUUAUUUGUUUAUAUAGUGGCGCUUUCGUUGAUAUUCGAUUUUCGGUUAUCACCGUUGGAAAACUAUUGCCCGGAUCCGUAAAUGAAACAUUUGUAUUAUUGUCGGUAUCCGUUUUUUUUUCUCUAAACAAUACGACUCAAAUAAUAAACGGCAGUGCUAAUCAAUAAAUUACUGUCGACCGCAAAAUAUUUGCUCUAUUUAUAUAAUAAGAUAACCUCAUACCCUAUUUCUCUUUCGGUCAACUAGUAUAAUACAAUAUUAUAUUUAUACGAAUGUUACGAAUUGACCCGUUAUUACGGUAAAUUAUAUUCGUAAUACACAUACGUGACCUAAUGGCUGAGUAUAUUAUUAUAAUUCUAUGGUUUUAUUAAAUUUUUUGUCCAUAAUGUAUAGUUUAUGAAUGAAAAUAUUUAAAAAAAAAAAAAUAAUAAUAAUGUUUUCUGUGUACCGUUCCGUUACAAAGUGAUUAUAUUGAUAUCCUACUGCUAAUAAUUUUGCUCGUAUUACGUCGUGCGUAUUUAUACUCGGACCAUAAAAUUAUAUUAUAUUAUAAUUGACGAAAAAAUUCUGUUUUCUGUAUUUUAGUGAGCCGCCUGCACUGCGAGAGCGAAUCGUUCAAAAUGGAAUUGAUACUGGACAUCAACUCGUGGAUCUAUCCGAUGGAUUUGGGUGAGUGCCAGCUGCUAUAAUUUAAUAAUACAACUAUCCAAAAAACGUUCCGACACGCAUCCUGUUCGUAAAAAAUACUUGUUAUUAGUUAUAACCUACAAUAAUAAUACGAAUAAUAUUAGGAAACACUCGAUAUGACGUCACACGUCGUCGAAUACUUAAGGGGUGGCUAUUUCUGCGAGGAAGUCUUUGUAAAAAUAACAAUAUAUUGACUCGAAAACGUUUAAAUUCAAAUAAAUUUAAAAAUAACGGUACCGUGUUAUUAUUACAAGUACUUACAUAUUUAAUGUGUAAUCGUGAUGAAAUUUUUUCGCGUAAAACAGAUAAAAAAUAAUGGCCCUACUAGGAUUUAAUUCGGAGAGAGGAAGAGGAAGAAAGAGUGUUGUGAAUUCCAAAAAUUUAUUUACAGUAGAUAUUUUAUUUCUUUAGUGCUCAUUUGCACCCAUUCAUAUUUAAACUGGGCUUAAGGUAAGCUUUGCUUAAACGUUAAGUUAAAUUAAAGUAAGUGUAUGAUUGUGUUGCGCCAUCGAAUUUUAAGGAAACUAAGGUAAUGAACUCUUCAAAUUAUUUAUGAUGUUUUGUUCCUAACUUCAGACAGUAUUUUUAAACAUAUUUGAAGUUGAUUAUUGUGUAACAGAUUGAUUGAGAUCUGAGGUGUGAAGAGUACUCCAAAUCCGACAUUUAAAAUGUGUUUUUGAUAACUUGUGAACCAACUUAUGAAUCAAAAGUAACCCGAUCUCAAGUAAACCUGUCUUUUUAAACCAUAGUACAUGAAAAUCAAAUUAUUUUCAUCAUUUACACGGUAUUCCCUAGAAUAUUUCAUAAUACGCAAUACGAAGUUUUCGUCGAAAUUAAUCGAAAACCGUAGGUAAGAAUAUGCACACGAAUUUAUUCUUACUUUUAUUGUAGUUUGUAAACUGUAAUUUAUAGUUAAUGAUACAAAUCGGUUUUUGAAACAUCGAUAACAUAUUUAAGAAAUACUUACAAAUAAUUAAUUCACGGUUGAACCACGGUUUAGUGUGAGCAAUGAGCAUUACAAAUUAUGUUGGCAAUUAGUGUUUGUGCAACAAAAAAUAAUUUGAAUAAACUCGGAAGGGGAUGUGGUUAAAAAAAUAAGAAUUGGCCGUUAACUAAUAUUAGUACUGUUAAUUUUUAGUAAUUAUUAUCACUCGCAUUAUAUUCGUAUUAAUUGUACUUUCCAAAUAACCGAUUCCUCAAUUGUCUGUGGGAGUGGGGGACCCCAUAACUCUCCCGCGUCCGUGUCACUAGAUUCAACCGUUAUGAAAGUAAGCAGUGCGUUUUUUAUAAUAGAAUAUUCAACUAACAACGGGUACGUUGUCAAUUUCUUAUGAAAAAAGUCGUGCUCUUCGAUUUUCAUCGUGAGUGAUUUGUUUUUUUUCUACGCUAAAUCGCACACUAAAUUUAUUUCGAUAAAACAAAUUCCAUGUGGAGGGGUGUUUAUUAUGUUUACUGUAAUAAGUGAACGCACUGCGAGUAAGCCCACUUGUAAGGUAGAAGUGCUCUCCGACGACGGUCAAACAAAAUUAACUGUUGUAUUGACCGUUUUUUUUUUUUUAGAUUUUGAGUGGAGCAAGGAAUAUAUUGGUUUUACAAUGAUGUUUAUUUCUUAUUUUUUUUUUUUUUAUCUAUAAACACUUUUCUACCGGCAAUUUUGCUCCGAUUUACAAUGACAGCACUUUUUCUGAAAGGAAAUCUGUCUGGAGGUCAUUUUUUGAUUUUCCCAAGAGUUUUCCCGAUAAAUGGGAAAAAAACUUAGGGAAAACGGGUACAAUGUUAAUUAAUAUAUAUUAACAUAAUAACAAUAUACAUAUACAUAUAUACAUAUAUAUAUAUAUAUAAUAUAUAUAUAUGAUCAAAUGCCCGUCUAUAUCCUAUACCUUCCCGGCUUCCCGCCCGUAAUAGCGGCCGCACCCGUUACCCCCGUUAUCCCAGGACGGCUUUGUUUUUCAUUUUUUUUCUACUCUCGAUUUUACUUAUCGAACCGAUAUUUUCCGACCCGCGCACGUUACGUCAGAGCGUUACACUGGAAACGCCCGCGAGUGCGUAGAAAACUAAUCCGCGGGACCUGCACGGCCCGACGUUAUUGCUGUUGCGCCGAAAAAUUAUUAAUUUCGAUAAAUAUUUCAACGGCGCACCGACCCGCCGCCGGCGUCGGCGUUGCCCGCGCCCCGUGCACAUUAUAUAUUAUUUGUGCUUGCGCGCCGCUCAUCUGCUCCUCGCCGUCCCCCGUUUUCGUGUACGCGCUGACCGUGCGUGCCUGUGUGUGUAUGCGCGACUCGCCGGCUCACGCGUGCGCGUGUACGCGCGUGUUGCGAAACAGAGACGUUAUAGUCGCUGCGCGCACGCGCUCCCGUUGAACACCGCGGCGAUGGCGACGACUACGACGGCCGUGGCGCCCAGUGUUUUGUACUCCUACGCCCGCCCGCCGCGUCGGCCCGCCCGUAUAUUUGGCAAAAUAUGCGUGCGUGCGUGCUUGCCGCCGAACGGGAGGCCUCGAAUGGGUUGACGCGAAAGUUCUCGACGCGUAUUGUUGUGUCCGGGUUCUUCGAAAAACCGGCCGCAUAGCGAAACCGCUCGACGCAGUUGAUACGCAGUUGUUGUUGCUUUUGUUGUUGUUGUUGUCGUUGCUGUUGUUGUUGUUGUUGCUGUUGUUGUAGUAUUCGUCGACCAGAGUCGGCGCAUUGUAAUACAAUAUUAUUGCGUCGCGUCGUCGUCCUCGUCAUUAUUGCCGUCGUCAUGAUUCGCACGGCAUGCCGUCGUGCUCGUCGUCGCCGUCGUACGUCUCGAGUCUCGACAAAAAAGUAUUGUCGAAACCGCACGAAACCUUGGACACGACAACAGUCAAUAAGCCACCGUCGCUUAUCGUUUAGCCGUACCCUUCACGACCGAGCAUGAAAAUAUCGCGAACGAACAAUACGGUAGGUAACGAUAAAAUAAUAAUAAUACGCAUUAUACUGUUCGCUCGCUUAUCACCGCGUUACUUGUGUGCAAUAUAUUUUAUAUUAAACGCGUACAAUAUAAUAUUUUAUCGGUACGCUCGUAGAAUAAAUUGGCAUGCCUUCAAUCUAAUAAUAAUUGUACAGUGCAUAAUGUUAUUACAAUAUUACUUCCACUAUGCGACGUGCCCGAAGAGGAAUGCUCAGUUUUUACCACCCCCCCCCCUCCAUCAUCCCCAAAUUCAUCGUGUUAAAAUACGAAAAAAUAAGUAAUUAUAAUUAUAUAAACUAUUAUUAUUCAACGUUAAAAACGUAUUGGCCGGACUCGGAUAUCAAAUAAAUUAAAACGUGCGGUUAUAUGAAAAAUGUUUUUGAAUAGUAUUUAAUUUACCCAGUGAAAUACCCCGAAACCAAAUAUUUCAAAAUAUUCAGUUAUUUUGUUAUUUAAUAUUUUAACUCGCUCACUUAUGAGACUUGUAGCUUGUGGCGUAGGCAGUUAUAUAAUGCGUGUACAUAAUUGUACAUUUAGCGCGGAGUUAACAAUUAUACUUGAACAGAUGAAAAAAAAUUGAAAUUGCAGUAAUAUUAUAAGCGACAGAAUUAUUAAGAGUCAAAAAGCACUCGACGUGUACCAUAAUUGACGUAUUACGUAAAUAUUAAACGAUUUUCAAAAAAAAGAAAAUAUAUCAUAUAGACACGAGAAUUUCAUUUGAGCAAACGAUAUGCUCAACCUUCGUAAAUCGGUGGUGAUAAUUGUGACAUCGCGUAUUAUCUGUCGGGUUCGGUCCGCAAUAAUUCCCCGUCCGUUUCACGUCUCCGAUUUGUUUCGGUGCGACGACAAAUCUCGGAAUUUCUAUUCAAUACAUGGCGUUUCGUAUUUGACUCCGUACCGCUCGCAUCGCGGUCCUCGCGAUAUGCGGGUUUUCGUUUUUUUUUUUGGAUUUGAACACCUACGCAGACACCAACCCCCCUCCCCCCGAAAUUAAGUCCGGUCAAUGCGAUUUUGUAAAAGCGCGGAGUACGUUUCAAGGAUAGGUCUUUUUUUCCGGGGGGGUUCGAGCCUCUACUCUGUCGCGUGCAUGUGCGCGCACGGAUUUCGCGAUUCCGCGCACGGCCGUUGACGAAUAUUUCAAAUGCGACGGGAGAAAAUUCCGCUCUAAUAUAGCGACCGGUGGUUUUUUAUUUUUUUUAUUUUCUUUUCUCUCGGCACUUUCGAUGCGUACAAAACAUUCGCGUAUUGCGUCGCGUGCAAUGCGACGAAACGCGAUUCGCGCCGAACGGGCCGGAGCAUAUUUUCCGCAUCGUUGCGGGUCGGUUUCGAAACCGUCGACUUUCGAUUGUUUGUGUUGCGAUUCCACCGCUCCGCGUACGUCGCGACGGUAAUUUUUGUUUUUAUCGAAUUAUUAUUGCCCUACAUACGCGCGUGUGUUCGCCGCGCACCUGUCACAAUAUCAAUAACGUUGCACGCGUUUUGGGCGGAAUAUUCGCGUGUCGACGUGCCCCGCGGCGUUUCGCGAUACAUUGUUAUUUUAUAUCGGCGGCCUUUUUUUUUUCGCUAUAGUUUUGUUUUAUUUUUCGUUCGACGCCGGAAAAAAAAAAAAAAAAACGAUCGUCGGGUUAUAGUCGAGAAACAAUUGCGCGCGGUCGAUAAAUGCGCACACUGCAAGCCGCCCCGCUGUAUUUUAUAAAAUAAUGACGCGCGCAUAAAAAAUUCUGUUUUUCAAAAUAUUGUUUUCCGUCGCGCGCGCUCGGGCCGGCGUAAUGGGGAUUUUCUUUUCUUUUUUUUUUUUCCGUAGGGGGAAGGGGUAACGAUUUUUAAAUUUUUUCGCCAACCGCCUGCGAAAAUCCGAUUUUUCGGCGAGAAGCCUACACUUCGGGAGGGAUUCAGACCCCGCGGACCCCUCCCCCUCUCCGGCUACGCGCACGCGAACGGCCACGCGAAAUUUCACCCGGACCGUAGGAAAAUUUUGGGCGGUUUCGUUUAUAAUUCCGCCGCCCGUCGGAAAACGCUUUUUCGGCGCGUAAAAAAACGCCCGCAUAUCCUCGCACCGUACGAUGCGACACGUGAAUAAUGUCGUUAUUUCGCCUCAUUGUGACAGGACUUGGUCGUGUCCUCUUGACGCGUAUGCCAAUUAUGUAUCGCCUUUAAACAUCAUGUUUCGGACGAUAAAGUGUUCUGUGUUUUUCGCACGAGUUCAGAACGGUGUUUAUUAGUCCCGUCCCGUAAUCGAACCGCCAAUUGCUCCGCAGCAGUGUUACUCUCGGAACGCUAUCGUAAACAAUAAUUAUAAUCGACAGUCCGUGGGAUUAUCGUUUUUCUACGUGUACGCGGUUAGUUUACGAGCGGUGGCCGCCGGUCGGGUUCUCGUUUCAUUGGUCCGCGUUGAAUCCGCCCGGUGCGUAUCACUCGUUUGCGCGUGCAAUUACCGUUAUUUGCGUUAAUUUGCGUUAUUAUUGGUGGAAAACGACGGGACGGGUACGAACCGUCGUCGGAACGACGGUUCAUGGCGGUUGCGUAUGGCGGGUUGGACGGCGAAUCAUAUUGCGAGACGAGCCGUCGUUGUUUCGUUACGGCGACGCGACGGUAAUAAAAAUACGCGGGAAAAAAAAACCGGCCACUCCUUCCCCCCCUGACUCCCCCGUAAUACGGUCCCCCUUCGUUCCCGGCGUUUAUUUUUCUCGCCGCAUAGUUUCGCGUAUUACGAGACGGACGGCGCGCGCGGACCCGAAAAUAAAGUUUUCGCGUCCGAUCGUAAUAUUGAAACGUUGCCAACAGAUAAAAAAAAAAAAAAAACCAACCGAAAAACGUUUUGCGAAUAAUUCACGCCGGGUACCGAUACCCGAAACGAAUAUUUUCGCGACGUCUAGUAUCGAUGUUAUUGCUGCGCGCACGAUUCACGUAUCGUAGGUACGCGUACGUUAUUAUUAACAUACGUGUUACCGUGGUGUCGUUCGCAAUGCGCGACAACUAUACCGCCGAAAAUUCGAAAUCUCGAUAGUUUUUCUUCUGUUAUUUUUUUCUGUUUCCUGUUUUUUGGCACGAAAGAAAAAUUACAUUAUCCAAGGUUACCGCGGCCGUCAGCUGGUGGUGUGCUAAACACGCGCGCACCCACUCACUGCGUCGUCGAAUCGAUUGGCCCCCUCCCGCCCCUUUACCGACCGUUCGCGUUGCGGUCGGUGUCGCCCCCGCAGAUACCCCCUCUCGCCGCCCCGCCGAUUCCGCGACCCCCGUCCCGCUGCAACCGCGCCGCGCUCGCCGCUUUCGAACGGCGGCGUGACGCAACACCCGGCGUAGUGUGUCAGGUCCCCGGCGCGCCGGUCCGACCGUUUCUCGCUCCUCUUCGCCCCGCCCGCGAUGCCGUCGCGUCGUGCGCGCGCGCGCGCCUCCGAUCGACCGCCGCCGCCGCGCGUUUCCAUCGCAAUAAUAUAAUUUCAACGUGCCUCCCCCCCACCCGCCCCGUCACCCGUCCCGCCCGUCCGAUCGACCGCCGCCUCCGUUUCUCGCCCCGGCCGCCAAACGCGAUUUCAAUGCCAAGGUUAGUAGAGGCGCGCACCGGCGACUCUGCUCAGUGCCAAGGUUGUACAUAGGACGUCUCCGUCGCGGACCCCGCGCGCCCUAGCGCUUCGCGACCGCCGCCUCGGCGAAUUCGACGUUCGUCGUGUGACCGCGCCUGUGCGUACCCGUCCCGUCCGUCAACGCGGUUUUCGUGUACGCGCGAGUUUAUCGCAGCGCCGCCGCCGGUACGCUUCGUGUGUACAUAAUUGCAAACGUUAUAAAAAUAAUACUUUGGCCCGGGCGGCGUAACUACGCGCGAAAUUAUCGAGACGGAGCCGAAUUGAGGGGCGGAUUCCCAUCAGCCCUGCCGAAAAAUAAACGCGCGCGGCGAUUCGUUCUCGGAUUGGUUUUUUUUUUUUUUCGUUUUCUCAGCGAUUUCCCAGUCGUUACGGCGACGUUUAUAGUGUGUCGAAUACCCGCGAAACGCCUUGAACGAGUUUAUUUUCUAUUUUCCAACCGCCGCGCGUUCGAACGGAGAACAUAGAAUUGUUUUGUUUUGUUUUUUUUUUUUUCGUAAACGUGUCGGAACAUUAAUAUUAUUACGUCGGGAUUUACCGUUUGCGGUCCGCGUAAAACGGACAGCGGUUCGACUCGCAAGACCGAGCCGAGCGGCGGGGUACGGCGACGGACGUCGUGUCCAUUUUUAGAGAUGAUACGUUUUAAUAAAAUAUUAUUGCCCUUCCCGGCGCGUAGUCGUCUAAACUAACCGUUGGCACUCGUUUACGGUAUAAAUACGACGCGAACGGUGUGCGUGCGCACGCGCGCGCGUGUUAUUAUUAUUUCUCGGUUCCCGGGAAGGGGACCAGUGGUAUUUUAAAACCCGGAGCGCGCGCGGCCCCGCGCACGAACGGACCGCGGACGGGCGGGUGACGUGGAGGCGAAAAUUCGAAAACUGUCGACGAUCGACGGAAAAAAAAAAAACACCGAGAGUUAUAUUGGCUGGAAAUUCGCCGGAUCGCGACAUAAUGUUUUUAUCGCGCCAAACGCACGCCGAGGAUCGCCCUGUAUAGAGUCCGCCUACUUCCCGCGCAGCGCCGGUAUUUUUUUUUAUGACCGUGCGAAAAAAAAAAAAAAAACUGGGGCGUAUACGCGCGCGUUCCUCCGCGCCGCGCACGACGGUACAAUAUUUUUUUUUACCGCGGAAAUUAUCUGCGCAAUCGCGUACACGUAGCGCGUACGAAAACGUAUGUAAAAAAAAAUAAUAAAAAAAAAAAACGUUAUACGAUCGCUCGCGCGCGCGGUUUACGAAUACAUACGGCGGCGCGGCGGCGUUCGAUCGGCCGCGGCCGUGUACGCGGUCAGUCGUGUUGAAAACUCCCGCGGAGUGCGAAAACAAUAAUAAAAAAAAUAAAAAACAAUUUUUUUCCAUACUCUCUCUUUAUUACCGACCGUUUGUCCGAAUUCGGAAAAUAACUGCGGCUAUCGCGGAUCGGCCCGGGACACCGAAACCGCCUGCAGCACCGUACGCAAUAACGUCGGUUGUUAUUAAACAGUUGCGCGGAGCGUUCGGACGGAAUGUCUCGUUGAAAAACGUCGAAUGUUUUUCCCGUCGCCCGCGUGUAACGCACGCCGUGUUGUUUUUUUCGACCGUUCGUCUGCGUGAUAACGCGUCGGUAUGUAAUCCGUUUUAUCGUACCGGGCCGCACAACGGGCGACGGGAUGAAUGUACGGCACGACGCGAUUAUUGUGACCAGACGAAUUUUUUUUUUACCUCGCGCGCCGUGCGUGCCUACAGAAAUACAAGCGCAAUGCCACACUCGCGUGGGCCACCGUGAUGUGGCCCCGUCGUAUUCGGUUUUCGUUCGUCGAAAACCGUGACGGCGCGCGAUUCGGUUGCGUCGACGUAUGCGUUCCGAGCGCGUUAGAAAAACCUUUACCUUACCGGGUAGGUAAAAUGAUAAUAAUAAUAAUAAUAAUAAUAAAAAACCAUAAUUCGUUUCGAAACGCCGUAUGGUGAAAUGUACAAACGCUAAAAUGUAUUAUUGGAAUACCGACUCGAUCCUGUGUACCAGCGAUUCUCGACCUGUGGCAUACCGCCGCAGUGGUACUCGGGAGAGCUCGUGGGGCGGUACGCGAAGAAAUGUUUCGACAAGUGAAAAGAAAAAAAAACAAGUUAUUGGUUGUAUAUAAUGCAGUUUAUUAAUCCGUAAAUGUUAACAAAACUAACAACCGUAAGUAUUAAAUUUUACUUUCGUGUAUCAUACAUAAUUAUCUGCGGAUUUAACAAUGUAAAGCUCCGUGCGUGUAAAAUAACGUACGCGUUUUAUUUUCUGAUAAGUGAAAGGAAAAAAAAAAGUUCAAUAAUCCGUAUCAAGCGUUACGUGAAAAACGUAUAAAUGCGUUAGUGGUACGUACGCGGAUAUGAACCGGUUGACAACCGCUGCUGCGUACGAUAAAACGAUUACGCGGGUUGUUUUUUUUUUUUCUCCCCGAAAACUCGCGGGGAAACACGUCGUUUUUGGAAAUAAAACUCUCGUGGACGUGAUUCGAAAAGAAAGAAAAAAAAACCGACGUAACCGUGGACUGUUGCGUGUUACGCGGCCAGUGUCGGAUUUUCGCCAGUUCGGCAAAACGUGUUUCGCGCCGUACGUUUUGAACGUUAGAACGGACUGUUACAGUAUAGUAUCAAACUCGACUGUAUGCAAAACGAUGUUCAAUAUCGUGUGCGAAACGUCGGCUUUUUAACCGACGCGUUCACAAAAAUCGUUUUUUAAAAAAAAACAUCUGAAACGGCGCAAAAACCGUUUUACCGAACGAAAAAUCGAAGUUCGCGAGUCGAUUUUCGUCGCCGUCCGCGGUAUUCAAACGGUUCAGACUAUUCGUCCGUUUCGCGCGUUUUCGCCCCGUUAUCAAUUCGUUUUAGUGUCGUCGCCACCACGACGCUCGCAGAAUUAUAAUCAAAUCGCAUAAUAUACGUGCAAUACGUUUGUACGUCACGGUAAGAUUAUCGAAAGAUGCUCACAACUUACAAAGUUUCAAACGUGAUUGGGCUUUUUAAAAAAAAAAUCAUCCGUUCUUGAGGUCGGUUUCUCUGUGUUUCUCUCUCUCUCUCUCUCUGUCUACCGUCCUUAGUUUUAUUAUUAUUUUAAAUUUUUUCCCGCGAGAGUGUAGGUACUACGUACGUGUGCAACAUAAAACUUUUCAUAAAAAAAAAAAAAAAAAAUAUAUGUAUACCGAUUAGUAUAUAGAAACACCGCGGAACGCAUUUAGUAAUUCCGAGAGUCGCCAUAACCCACCUGUACAAAUAAAUAAUGAAUACGCAAUUGAAAUCAAUCGAUUAUAUUUUUAACGGUGUUACGGUGUAAUACCCGAACAAUAUAUAUAUAUCGAGUAUUAUUUUCGUUGGAAAACGCAUCAAUUCAAACUAAACGCUAACGAGUAUUUAAUUGAAAUCGUAAUUAAAUAAUUUCUACACAGAGAUUCCAUCAAACAAUUAGCAUAACAAAUGGUUUUUCGUUCGGUAUAUUAUUAUACUAUUCAAUUAAAGUCUUUGUAGUUCAUAAACAGACCCGGUUCAACGCUUAAAUUGCGACCGUGUAAUAUUAUACAUCAUUAUGCGUAUUUCUUCAAAAAACGUUACUUUUCGUAAUAACAUUCAAUUGUAAUAUUAGUAUAAAAUUUCAUUCAAGUAUUAUAUUUACGUAAGAAAACCGUACAGCCUUGAGCGUUUUAUUAUAAGAGGUUUGUUUUUGCGCGUAUUUACCAACAACCAGAUCCAAGGUAUUAUAUUAUUAUUAUUAUUUUAUACAAAGCCAAAAUUUGAAAACUUUUAUAAUAAUACUCCGGGCUACGUUUUAUUUUAUUUUUCACGAAUUACAAUCAUAUAUAUAUACUUUUAUUGUUUUAAAACGUCAAAAACAAUUUUUAACCUCGUAAAAUGGUGUAUAAUAUUUUAAUAAAAUCCGCGCAGUUCCCUAAAAAAUGUCGAGUGAAGUAGUCGAAUGAGACCACCCGUGAUACAACCCGAACGAUAAUGUAGCUAAAUAUUUUACGAGACUCGCGUAUAAUAAUUAUAUUACAAUCUCGUAACGAUUGAGUAAAUUAUAAAAUUAAUUGGGUUAGAAAAAUAAUUUCUAUGCAUAAUCUAACCUAUGGAAUUCGUGUACCUAUUACAGAUUAUUUUGAACAAAUACCACCACUAUCAUUGAUUAUAUAUAAUCAAUGAUAGUAGUAUGAAUGUAUAAUUAUACGCGUACAAUAAGUAAUUAUAUGAUUUUCAAAAUAUAAUUUGUAUACAACGAUUUAAAUGCGCGUAAAUAUUUGUGUACGAAUUUAAUUAUCGCAGAGACAUUGGUUUCGGUUGUACGUUGUUAUUUUGUUUUUUGUUUGAUUUUUUUCCAGAUUAGGUCGAGUCUCAUAAUAAUUAAUGAAAUCGAUUCAGUCGAACAAUCUGAUCGCCUCUAACUUUGUAUACGCCGACCUAUAUGUUUAUCGCGCGACCAUAUUUUUCUUCGUGUAUAACAGAUUAUGAGCCCAAGGGUGUCGAGACCUUAUUAUACCCCGUCGUUAUUUACGUAUCGGAUACGUUAGAUACCUCCGAUUGAUAAUUUCGAGUAUAACAGGCAAGUGAAACAUAAAAACUCAAACGGGUGUUAUACCAGUGGCGGUUAUAAGGAGGGGUGGAUCGCCCGUCCCCCCUGGUCCGUUUUAUGUUUAUAAUAAAUAAUUGAACGAGAAUUAAUCACGGUAGAAAAUGUGAAUUGAAUUUUAAAAUAUUAGGGAAAGAUUAUUGGCUCUCCAGCAUUAUUGUCUUGUGAUUUUUUUUUUUCUUUGUCAUUUUCGCCCCACCCCCUUAAAAGUCAGUUAUGACCGUCACUUCUGUGUUAUAAACUGCUGAAAACCACUCGUCUAUUGAAAUGCAAAAUAAUAAUAUCUAUAAAAACGCAUAAACGACUAUCGUUUUGCCGUACAAUGUCGUUACAUUUCGUUACAAUAUAAUAUACAAAUAUUAUUUGUUCUGCAAAAUAUCCAAAUACCGCCGUCAAUUAAAUUUUUUAAUAUUUGAGUCUGGUGUAAUAUAUUGUACACUGUAUUAUUAUAACGUGAAAUAUUGAUUCGGGACGACUAUUGACGGGCCGACCUUCAUAUUAUACUGCGUCCACCGUUCGCGUUUAAACGAAACCAUCCCCAUUCUGAAUAAUUUAUUACACAAGUACCUACGAAUUAUUGGACACACCUAUAUAGUGGAACAAAAUUUUCAAUUGCGUUUUAUUACAGUACGUGCAAUAUUAUUAUUUUAUUAUUCAUGUUUAUUUAUUCACGCCUCGACGGGCGACUUUACAAUGAAAUUAUAUAACACUGUAUUCAUAGGGAAUAGCCCAAGGGUAGUUUAUACACCGGUAAUACAAAAAAGAACACCGAUUAAAAUACCAUAGAACAUGCAGAUUUAUGAAUUUAAAAUAGAGAGGUUGAACAAAAAAAGAAAGCGUGAAAACGCAAGGAGCUCUGAAAACUCUGAAGUUCGCCUGGGAAAUGAGAGAAUAAGGUGACCCAAUGGAGUCAUCAAGUAGCUUGCUCAAGAAUAGAAUAUUAGCAAACGCCCUUUUGUCCGCUAUAGUGAAACGAUUAUUAAAUAUAGUUGAUUCAAUAGAGUCUAUUGUUGUGUGGUCGUUGCAGCAAUCGUUUCGUUACUGCAGUUUUCUUUAAAAUUUCGUACAGUUAAAUUGUAUAAAUUCGUGUACUCUGUAAAAUAAAUGCUAUAUGUACACACGGUGUAUUAAUACAAAGUCGAUACUGGUCAUGGAAAGGGGUAGGCGGGUUACUGUUGUAUAGGUGGUUAGUUGAGAAGGUAAGGUACACGGGGUAACACGAGUAUUUAUAUACUGUGUGUAACGGUUAACCGUCGCAAACGAAAAAUGAUUCUGAGCGGACUGAUAUUUUUACUAAGUAUUUGUCGUAUUCGUUUAUCCCGUAGACAGAGCAAGAUACGUACGACACUGCAGAAAUCGACAAAAAUAAAACCGAUGUAUUUUGACGUUUUUCGUUAGUUUUUCAAAUCGUAUUGGCAAACCCCGGGAAAUCCAUAGACAUUUUCUGAUUUUCUGUCAAAUAAAGUACUGUCGGGUGAAAAAUCCACAUCUUUCAAGCCCAUAAGGUAACCAAUGGAAACAUGAAAAAAUCUGAGCGUUUUUUACUAAUCGAAAAAUUGUAAUCCGAGACGUACGAAACACACGCCGACGCCCGACGGCUUCGUAUGGUAAUGCUGCACUCGCAAGUGAAAAUCUAAAACACAUUAUAUUAUUAUUUAUAUUAUAAACAAUCGAAUUUAACGAAAACCGAACUGUUUAGAUUUGAUGUAUUUAUUUUUUUACUAGACAUUUUUCACGUUCGUAACGUUUUUAUUUGUUUGUGCCGAAUAUUAUCUAUAAUAUACUUGCACAGAUUACCGCGCGCGCCGCUUACGUCAUUAUAAGCGUGUUUAUUUUUUUUACGAAACGAUUUCGGUGUAUUGGCAAACCGAGCCGCGCACAUCAUGUAAUAACGCGUUUGAAAUAUUAUUAAAUAUCGUGACAAAAUAUUACACAUAGUCGACUCGUACAUUUUAUAAGACCCACAACAAUACUGGCCGAUCCGGUAACGCUCUGCUACUGCUGGACAAUAGUGGUGAAUAAAUGAUAACAGCAGUUUUCUGGUCCGCGACGGUGAAAUUGUCGUCAUCUGUGUCGCCGGGGUAGUAACCCGCGAAAAACAAACGAAAAUAAAUUUACACAGACAAUUGGACGAUUCGUAUGAAAAAUACCCGAAAGAGAGGAGAGCCCCUCCUAUUACCGCGGGAACGAGAACGCCGAAAAGGCUGUCCAAUCUUCCGAGUCAGACCAAAACCACGCGCUCCUUUCGUCUUGUCAAAACCGGCCGAGUACAGUGAUAACACGUUGCACGGGUCGACCGAUAUCCAUAAUAUUUCGGUAUUGUCACCGCGACGAGAAUAUUAUUUUUGCCCUUGCGGGGGUGGAGGCGUAAUGUACGAGCCGUUGCGUCUAAACGACGACUGGUAUUGUAAAACAAUAUUAUAUUAUAUUUUCAUGGCGUUCGAUCGAGACGAUGUUCAAAUAUUUGUUCGCGUAUAUAUUACGGAUGCGUAAAAAAAAAAAAAAAACUUAUUAUAUUGCGUAGCGGCAUUACGGUGUGUAUACGGGUACUUUGUUCUUUGCCCCCCCCCCAUCACUCUCUCUCACUCUCUUUUUUCCAAACGCUCUUGAAACGCCAUUUUAAAUCAAUAACCGUCGUCGUCAUCGCGUGACACCGUCGUAAUAUAUCAUACCGAUUCGAAGGCACAUAAUGACCAUCGAGACGAUAAUUCUAUAAUUUAUUAUUUGCAAUAUAUAUAAACGAAAACAAAAAAUUUUUGCAUUAGAAUUAUACUCGAUAAAAUUGUGUAUGGACGGGCGAACGAAUAUAAUAAUUAGGAAUGUGUGGAUAAAAUUCCUUUUUUUUUUUUUUUUUUUUUACACCGGGAGUAAACCAAUUCUGUUAUGGAAGAGAUUGUAAAAAUAUCCGCGCGGAAUAUCGUUAGAUAUUUAUUUUUUUUUUUUUCACGUAAUCAUAAAACUUCUCGAAUCUGCGACGUUUCGCAAUCUCUUAUUGACUCCCCGCGUUGAAAACCGUAACGUUCGCUGCACGUACACCUCGUUCGGAUUCUGUUCCGGAUGGAUUUUAUCGUAUCGUUCAGUGGCCUACAGUAUUUGCGGGUUUUGUUCGCCUUUGUCGUUCUAUAUUACCGGCCGACGAUGUUCAAUUAGAAACCGUUGGUAUAAUACGAGGCGCACGCGAGUUUCACUAUACAAUAACAAUACCGCCAGGUUUCGUUUUGUUCUUUUUCGAAUUAAUUUUUUUUUUUGAUAUAUUCAGCAUUUGGUGAUGUGGUUCGCGUGUUAUUUAUUACGCGUAUGUACGUAUAGUUACCGUAUCGCCUAUUGUCGCUUUGGAGUUAUUUUAAUUUAUAAUUUUUUUUUUUUUGUUUGUCUGUAACCCGCGGUAAUUAACCCAAAUCGACACGAUUACGUCAAUGGCAUUACGGCACGUAUAUUGGAAUCGUACGAUAUUAUUGUUCGUCGUCGAUAUUAAAAUGAUAACAAUAAUACUGCGGUGUGUUGUGAGCGUUCAAACGGUUUCCUUUGCAGAAAGUAUCGUUGACGACCCGGACGUGCGCAACCCGAGCGCCGCGGGUAAUAAUGAGCGCCAUCGUACUAUUUCGAUAAUCGAUCGCGUUCGGACCGUACGGAUUGAUUAAAAACUAUUAGAGUUUUUCCGGAUAUUCGGUAUUUUUUUUCGCGUACAAUACUAUUCCCGGUGCCCGGGGAAAAUAUUCGAUGUAUCGGUAGUAUAAACUAUUCGAUAGUGGCUGUCACACGGGCGUGGGGGAGUGUGACCAAGACAAAAGGGUCUUGUUCCGGACUGCUCCGGGUGGGCGUGUGUGUGUUCGAUCUGUGCGAAUUUUUCCUGUUCACGUGUUUUUUUCUAUCGGUGGAGCAAUAUUUGGUUGGAUCGGAAUCGGUUCGCUUGAAAUUAAAAACGAUUGCGAUUCGUCGAGACAAAUGGUGAACCGCGUCGUGAUCGAAAAAAAAAAGGACAAAUAUAAAGGACGAAAAGUCAGGGUGGUAAGGGAUAUAGAGGGAAAUUUUAUUGACAGAUAUCUGUUUAUGCGACGAUUAACCGGUUAUUGCGAACGAAACACGAUUCUGAACUGAGCUCGGUCAACAGGAUUGCUUUUGCUCGUUUUCGCGACGAGAACGAUUGUUUUGAAAAAAAAUUAAACGUCGAAAUUAAUAGUGAAUUAAUAACAACAAAAAAUCAAUAAAAACGGUCGCCAAUGACGAUAUUAUCGUUAUCGUUAAUCUUUUUUGGACCUAAUGUACAAGUUUUUCCCCCAUUGUCUUGAAUAUUAAUGACAAUUUCAAAAAAAAAAAAAAAACCCACCUUUCCAAUAAGUACCGACUAUAGAACCGAAAGGCAACGAAAAAGAUCUCUUGUCGUGUUUUUAUCGGAGCGAUAUUUCUAGGAGAAAAAUUGUUUGUGGACAAAAGAAAAAUGCACAUCGUUAUAGCAGUAAAACUAAUUGGUUCGCUCGGAAUCUAAAACAAACAAUAAUUAUUAUGCAAUUUUAAUUCGUAUUCAUAAUUACACGCUAUGACCGCGUCGAACAAUGCGUACGUUAUUGUGAAAAUUACUUACUAUUGUAAUAGUUUUUUUUUUUUUUUUAGUUUAAAUGACGUAGUGUUCGCCCACUGUCUUCGAAAUUUCCCAAAUAAAUAACAAUAAUCGUACGGUUUUACGGUUUCGGAUACAUAGGCGUGCGCAAGUGAGGAAGGGCAGGGUGGGCAGGUGCCCUCCCCCUGCGGGCUGAAUAUUUUUCGAAAUGAACUAAUAUCGUUACAUUUUUUUUAAGUAAUCGUGUUUACUCGAGAGUUCGAGACUGAUAUAAAUUUGAUAACAAUUUACCACGAAUCUAUGAUAUGAAAAAAAUUAUCCCGCGGUUAAUCAUUAUUAAUUAUUGUUUUUGCAUUAAAAACAAUAUAUUUUUUUGUGAUCAAUAAUGAGAAUGUAAGUUUAUAAAUCAAAGUGUGGUAUCCGUAUUAUUAUAGGCACCUAUUAAAUUCACUAUAAUAUAAAUGUAUAAUAUCAGAUGGUUCUAUUUGGUUCCAUUUCUCCUAGAAAAUAUUUCCGCAGUCACCGGUGAUGUUGAAAAACAUAACUUUUGCCCCCCCCUCCCAAGCCAUUAAGGUCCGUGCACGGCUGUGUUUCGGGUACGAUACAAACGUCUCCGGAGCAAUUUAUUCGCCCGGUUCGUAAUAUUGUAUACGUGUCGGAUUACUGCUGCGGUAUCGUUUUACCGGUUCCUUCUCCCCCCUCUUCGAGAUUCCGAGUAUAGCGAAAAGCCAUUGGUUUUGCUAGACGUGUAUAGUACAUGCGGUUUUUUUCUCCACAAACUAUUUUCCGGUUAAUAAAACAAACUCCGACCCGCCCGUAUCGGCGAAAGACGCGGUUUUUUUCGACGUGAAAAACGCGUUUCCCGGUGGGACAAAAAGCUAAAAACUCUCCUGUCAGCAGACCGCCGAUAGGUUUUGCUUUUGUCGAUCUCGUCUCGGACACGUACGUGUAACUACGCGCGACCGACGCACAAUAAUACCACACGCGAACCACGUAUACCACCCGUUAACCUUGCCGCGGGUCCGCUCAGAAUGGUUUUUCGAUCAUUCGUCGUUGAUGCUCUCGGAGCUAAAAAUAAAAACGACGAGCCUAUAAUUGAUACCCGCGAUUCGAAGUACGACAAAUCUGCCUCGGGUUUUUUUAUUUUUUUCCCCCCGGACAAUUAGUCGAAACCGUUCGGUCUACCGACUGCGGGAGGGGAGGGGAGGAACGGAUAUCGAAGUAAUUAAUACACGUAUACAGUUCGACGGUCUAUAGGUGUGUGUGUGAAAUACACUCGAAUUCCGCGACAUUGGAUUUCGCAAACGCGCAGUGGGCCAGUGUGCUAAGUAACUGUACAUGUUGCGAUAUCUACACGAUAAACGUUCGGAAAGAAAAAAAAAACGCUUAAAAUACGCGACGAAUCGAUUGUAUUUUCGAUCGGUUCAUUUUGUCGCGCGACGGGAGCAAAAAAAAAAAAUUAUCCGCGCGGAGAACGCUUGCAUCGAAAAAAUACCGGAAAAAAAAAACGAUUACCGUUGCAUAACUCAUAACGUUUUUUUUUAUUUUAUUUUACAAUCGUGCCGGGGAAACGAGCGGAGCGUAUAUAAUGUAAUAAUAUUAUAAUUUUCGGCGGCGAAGUAGAAACAAAAAAAAAAAAAAAACCAAAAAAUUCAAACCGGUUUUUUUUUUUUUUUUUUACUAUGACUCCGGAUUUUUUUCCGCCCGACCAGUUUCCCGCCCGACUCGUCGUAACACGCGACGUCACGAUACGCGCACGUAAAUGUCUACGGCCGCGGCGUGGUAUUCGACUGAUAAUAACAAUAGUUGAUUAGGGAAAACGUGUUGGAAUCGAAAAAUCGAAACACUGUUAGUCUCGUGUACCCAUUUAUAGGUGCGAAAACCGAGUAGGAGUCGCGUCGCGUUACACAGUGCGGAUGUCACCUGCGGCCAAUAACGAUGACGUUGUUCGUUUUUUGGAAAACAUUUUUUUGAAACUGGAUAAAAAUACGGGUUUUUUGUGUUUUAUGCUGUUUCAGGUGAUAAAUUCCGUCUGGUGUUGGCCAGCACAUUGCGCGAAGACGGGCAACCGGACGCGGGCGAUUGGAACCCCAUAGAAAUGGACCAGAACGGUUGUCGGGCCGACAGUUUCGAGUACGUCAUGUACGGCAAGAUUUACCGCAUCGAAGGGGACGACAAGGUGAAAGAGUCGCACAAAAACAAACUGUGAGUAUAUUAUCAUCAUUGUUCAAAGUCAGAUUCGUUACGAAACGCGAUUUUCAUACGAUUAUAACGGACUGUAUCUUGUGCGCGCGUGAAAACGCGCCCGGGUGUUAGGGGGGGGACGUGAUUCGCGGGGUUUUCGGCGUAUUAUCUUUUGGGAAUAUCGUUAUCCAGACCGCUCGUGUCGACCACGAUAGAGGUAUUGUUGUACAGCAAAAAAAAAAUUGUAAUUGUACGUUUGGCGAAGAUAACACGACAGUCGGACCGCGGUCGUACUUAACGCACCGUCGAGUUCGAGACGUGUCAUUAUCGUUAUUAUUUCGACCCGGUAACAGUUACUAUUAGCGGCAGUAGUGCGUGUAUCGUAGUGCUUAAGUGUAGUUCUUAGAUACCUAGCGGCGGCCUCCGCGGUCCGCGUUUUCCGUUCGCGCGGUACGCGCAACGCCAUCUGUAGGCGGCGGACGGACGCGACGGUCGGUCGUCGCGGCCGACGACAGAUCGCGCUGGCAAUACCGAGACCGCGUAUGGAUGACGUCCAAAUCGACAUUGAUGCCCCUGCCCACAGCUUCGCCUUCGAUCUUUUUUCUGCGUUUUGGGACUGGGAACCUCGCUGUGUUAACUUGUAAUAUUAUUUCGAUAAUAAUUCGAUGGAAACAGAGUGAACACAGCUGGUGGUAUCUCAGUUUCAUCGUAGAACAAUUACUUCGCGGGACGACACGACGAUGAAGGAGAGCUGCUUGUGCGUCGCCACGGGUCGCGGGUCAUAAGGAAAAUAAAAAAAAAAAAAAAGUGUUUUAAAAAUACGAGAAAUAGCUGUAACAAUAAAUUAUAAUUUAUAAUCAUCGCGUGUAUGUAAUUACUAAUUUAUGCUAAAGUUGAAUAUUAUUACUAUACUUAUAAAUUAUAUAAUAGACUACAUGUAAGGCACUUAUAUAUACAUAAUAUAAUUAUAAUAAUAUAUUUUUAUGCUUAGUGGUUAUGGUAACCGUGUUUUUUUAAUGAUAAUAAUAAAUAAUAACGAUGGCCGUAGUUGAAAAAAAAUAAUAAAUAAACAAAACGCUGUUUAAAGCCGCAGUAUCGAUCCGCAGAAUCUAGGACAUUUUCCGUCCGUGAAUUUUGUACCAACAGAGACACUUUUUAUCGGAAUACUAUUUUGUAGAUUUUCAGCGUAGUGAUGAACGUAUUGGUUUUUUACAACGGAGUAUACCUGCUUAUUUUUUUUUUGUGCGCGUGUUGAUUUUUCUACCAGAAAUCUUAUUCCGAUCAGAAACCGACGAGGGAACUUUUUCGUAGCAUUUCGAAUCUAUUAGGUGCAUAUAGAGGUCGUUUUUUGAUUUUGAAAAUAGUUUUGAUAACUAUUAAGAGAAGAAACGUAUAGUUAAAACGGACAAUCUUACGGCAAUAAGAGUUUCGUUAUUUUCGAUUUUUCACCAGAAACCUUGCUUCCAAACUGGCGUCUUUCCGCGUGGAAAAUGUUAUCUAUUCGAUGUGUGAGCGGUCGUUUUUCGAUUUUCUGUUUUCUUAACGAUCAGGAUAAAUUUGCGAUAAUUAAUCAAACGCCCUUAGAGGCUGUGCCACUGCACGAUACAAUAAUAGCACUAUUGAUUAUUAUACGACAUUCCGGUUGUCUGUCCGUGUAACGUUCCACACGUACAUACGUGACCGAAUAAAAAAUAAUGUAUUAUAAAUGAUUGCCUAUUAAAAAAAAAAAAAAAAAAAAUGUAAAACGCUAAAAUUAUCGCCCGCAGCGCACACUCGGCGGAUCGUUUAAUUCCGAUGAGACCUCUUGAUGAGAUUGAACGUGCCACCGGUUAUUUGUAGAGUUCCUGCUAUACACGCGAUGCGGGAGCACAUCACAAAAAAAAAAAAAAAAAAAAAAAGCUGGUACUACUGAUGGGUACGCCACAAGCAGGAUGCAUAUAAAGUUAUUAAGUUUUAUAUCAGCUGUAAGCGACGGUAAACUAUUGCUAACGAAAUACUAUUCUGGGCGAAGUUAAGUUACACGUGUUUUGAAAUGUCGUCAUUUAUACGCUUUUUCGUCAAAAUUUCAUCUUAAAACGGUUUUAAAACAAAAAAGAAAUUACUACAUUACGCUCGGCUAUUUAUUUUUACCGCCAAGUUAAACUUAUAAAAUAGACCACGAAUUAGAAUAUAUGCAAGCGUUUGUGUUUUUAUCAAACCGUUUUAUCCCGCAUAGUGCCUACGAAAUAUAAUCUAAUCUAGAAAACAAAAUCUAAAAAAAAAAAAAAACCCAUCAUAGCAAAUCAAAUAGAUCCGCUGCGCUCAAAAUCUAAAACGAAAAUAACGCGUGCACCUAUACCGACCCAAAUUAGGUUUUAGGAUAUCGGAUAGGUAUGGCGUUGUUUUUUUUUUUUUUUUUCAAUUUGGUAUUAAAAAUCUAUUGACGAUGGCGGCGUCCAUUUCUUAUACCGAUUAAUAUCAGUAUAUGUAUAGACAGUCCAAGUCGAUGGACGAAAUGGAAACGAGAACCGAUUUGCGGCCCCCGUUGAUUACGUGACUAUCUCUUAUCUAUGUAUAUUGAACCAAUUGUGCUACAUGACAUGGUCUAUAAUUCUGCACACUCCAAUUGCACCGUACGACACAUUUUACCGUUGCCUGGACUAUCAAUUGUAAUCUCUGUUACAUUUAAUCGCGCGUAAUGCGCGUUCUAUAACAAUAUCGUAAAAUCACCUAAUUUAUAUUCUGCGCGUCUACGCAUCAGCACUAAAUCGUAAAGGGUUAUCAUAAUCAUACGUGUUACACAUUGUGUUUACGAUGUCAGUUGGUAUAUUAUGUUGUUGUUUUUUUUUUUUUAAGUUUCUUGAAUAACUUGUACGCCACAACAAACGUUGUGUAAUGUCCGUAAACAAAUAUAUACAUUAUAGUUUGAAUUAAAAAUAUGGUGCAAUCACUUGCAGCUACUCGUGUAUAACAUUAUAUACGAGUUGUUGUUAUUGAACGAGCACUAUAUGAUGUGCAUACAGGAUGAUUCUUUCGUCGUGAUCUAUUGGCGUUAUUAAAUUAAAUUAGUAUACUUUAAUAAAAUAAUUGUACACGAAGAAAUGCUUGUCAGUUGUCCUAAUACCUAUUAUAAUAAUACAAUAUACCGAAUGAUUAAAUAUACAAUUAAUAGAAGUGUAGUUUACGUCACGAAUGAAACUAUAAACAUUUUACGAAAUUAUAUCUAUAGGUACCUACUGUUAUAAUUUUAUGUUAUUUGUACAAAUUGUUCAUUCAUAAAUUGGAUACUAUAUUUGUGUUCGGCUUUAAUUACCCAAUAUACAUCAAUAUACAUUAAUUUCUAUAAGAAGAAUUCGUUAUUGUGCGACAAUCCGCCUGCAUAGCUAAUACAUUUUUAAUGAUAACCGCAACACCGUUUCUGCAGGGUUUAUCGAAGUAAACAAAUAAUUAUUAAGGACACGGAUCGCGGUCGGUUUAAGACCGUCAGAAUCCGAUAAGUUUAAUGAAACAUUUUAGUCUGCGUGUCCAAUUAAUAAUCGUUUUGUAGUGUGUGCGUGUGUCUCGACUACUUUGUAUUUUCUUGCUUUUGUCUAGUUGAUAAUGUAUUUGUAUAUGUAAUAUAAGGUGGUGUUUUUCGGGGUUUUGAAACUUUUGCGGAGCUACGGCGGUUUCGUUUUCACCCCAAGGAAAUACGGUUUAUUAUUAUGCGGAAUUUCAAUCGUUCGAAAAGUUUUGUUUCGUGUUCAGUUAUAAAAUGGUACGUCCCAGUUUAUUAUCCUUCUAUACCCCCCCCCACUCCCCGGUAUAAAUUCUUAACCGGUGUAACUCGUGAACGGUAAACCCAAUACGUAUUAGUGUCUUGCGUAUUAAAACCAUAUAAAAUCAAAAGUUGACAAUCGUUUGAGACACAAGGAGUAGUAGGUGUAUGAUGAUUAUGUUUUUUCAUAAAGCUUAAACCUUUGUAUAUUGAUUGAAAAAAAAAAAUGCGAAUUUACUUAAAACCUUUUUGUGUACAAAAAUCGCUGGAUUGUGAUAAAAUAAUCACUACAGGCGUCGUAUUGAAAAAUCCAUAGUUAAAUAAACCUACAAUUAUUUAAUUUAUAUUAUCGUUUAAAAAUAAAAUUUAUAAAUUUAUCGGUUUUAAUUCGUUGAAUGAUGUGUUUAGAUAGAACGUUAUUACGGAUCUGGCACGAUAUAGCUGUAUUACAGUACUCGCGCAGAAAACGAAUUUAACCGAGACGUUCGUACUUUAAAAUGUGUACAUAGUAAUAACAUUUCGUGGAUCGAACGACUUGGCAAUUUUGAAUUUUGAGAAUUAUUUUUAAUCGUUCCGUCGUGUUUGUUUUUUUUUUUUUAUUAUUAUUAUUAUUAUUAUUAUUACAUAUUGUAAAUAGCUUUUAAGAAAUUAAUUUCGAUACGUGUGUUUAUUUUAAUUAAUUCAAUUCCGUAUAAUUAAAAUACGCAAACUGUAUAGUAUAAUUUACCGCAAUUUAUCGUUAACUAUUAAUAAAUCACUGUAUAACAUUGUAGUUAUCAUUGUCCGUGCACUCCAUAUAACUUAACCGGGCAUAAUCUUUUUAUAUAUCAUUAUAAAAUAACAAUGCAUUUUUGUUUUUCUCGACACCACGCCUAAACACCGUAAAAAUAAAAUAGCAUAAUAUUGUUGCGACAAUAUUGUGCAUGCAGAAUUCCUCGCAUAAUAGUAUUGUUGAGGGCGUUUCGAGUAGGCAAUUCAGUGGCUUUGGUGUAUGCAUCCACCGUGAAAAAGAUGGUCGUGUGGACCUCGUGAUACACAGGAAACGGACGUUCGUUUCUUUCAUAAUAAUAUAACACACCAACAAUGCUGUUUCCCUCCUCCCGCCCGUCCUGCUGAUCGAUUUGUACAGAAAAAAAAAAUACGUUCGUGCAGUCUGUCCGGGUUUCCCGUCGUUCUUUCCGUUCGACUGGUCUAACUUAUCAAUAUUUUUUUUAGACCUUGGCGUAUUAAAAUAUGCACGUUGCGAUUUCGCAAUGGUAUUCUCCUAUAUAUAGGUUCGCCUGUUUCGAUUCGCGAAUACGACGUGAAGGUUAUACGAAUACGGACGUUGUAUACUUAUAGCGAUGGACACUGUCGAAUAGUUGAUUCGACUAUCCGACACAAACCACCUAUCGAAUAGUUCGAAUAGUCCGUAUUGCGUGUUUAUACACGACUCAAUAGUAUUGGCUAUCGAAUAGUUUCUACCGACCUAAUAGGUUUUCCACUACCGAAUAGUUUAAUCGUGCGUGUUCAGUCCACACUAUCUUAGUCCGUGGUCUUAUCCUCCCGACAUUAUCUACGAAAAGCUAAGAAACAAACGUUAUAUUUUUAUAAUAACAAAACCUACAUUGAUAAUACGUCCAAAGAAUGCCUUGCUACAAAGUGACAAAGCACGUGACUCACUGAUCAAGCGCUCGUUCCUGCGUAUCCACGAACUAAACUAAAUAAUAAUCGAAUACAUUUCGUAUGGCAAAUGGUUUUUUUGCCUAUCGAACAGUGCGAAUCAACUACCGAAUUCUUACACCGGUAGUGAACAGUUCGAUAGUGACUAUUCUGUAUAGUGUUCGUCAAUGGGAAAGUGACUGAUAAAACCAUAUUAUAAAGUCGUACAUAUAAUUAUAGUAUUAAAUGCUUCCUGAUCGUUCCGGAAAUUGAUACGUUGCUGUGGAAAUAGUAUAACACUUAUGUAUGUACAACGACAUUUGCAGGUUUUCAGCUUUUCGUCGUUCGCGUACACACACGCGUCGCGUCGUAAUCGAUCUGAAAAGUUUUUUCUGAAUAACGUCUCACGAAUGUUUGCGAAUAAAAAUACGUUGUUGGAUCGUUAUAUACAAAACGGGAGCUAUAGUAAUAAUCGCUAUAAAAGACCCGCAAGAGAAUGCCGCAGAGAGAGGGGUAGGGAGAGAGUGAGAACGGUUUAGGGCCAAGAGUCGCGUGGCACGAAACCUCACCGCGACCGAACUGGGUCAGUGGUGCAUUGCGGCGAGUACUUAAAAUAUUGUAUUCUCUCUUCACAAUCCCUCUUCUAUACCCCACCGGCCUGUAUAUAUGCUUACACUUAUUCAAACCCUUUAUGUAUUAACGUAUAUACAUUUCUGCCCUCCCCCUUAUCUCGUGUAUUGCUAUCUCUCUCACUCCCUCCCCCCCUCUCUCUCUCUCUCUCUCUCUCUAUCUGUGUGUGUGCGUGCGUGUGCGUGCGUGUCCUUUACCCCGACUGACUUGUCAGAAAAUCUAUUGUGUUCGGCGAAAGAAUAAAAGAAACAUAAAACGAGAGAGAGAGAAAAAAAAAGAAAAAAGACAGGUGAAUGUAUAAAUCUAAUAGAGAGCAUAUUAUAAAGUUCGAUCGUGUGUGUACGUACAGGCGUAUUAACUACCGCAUACUUUUAAAUCUCUUUUGCCAAGUGGGCCGCGUCCGUUCCUAUUAUAUAGGACGUUUAUUGAUAGUUGCAGCGCAAAUAAUGUAAUAAUAUGCACCGGGUGAGACUUGCUGCCAAACAUUUUGUUGUCGCGAAUUUUACACUGCACUCAUUAUCGAAACGGACUGCGCUAUUACACGUAUCGAUUGCGCGCGAGUAUGCCAAUAAUUCGAUAGUCAAGGCGCGUUUAAUAGGGAUACCGGUCGUUAUAAAUCGAUGGCGACACAGAAAAACGGCCUAAGCGACACAAUUCAUAGUUUUCAUGAGAGUCAAAACACAUUUAUUUGUGAUUUUAACAUAUUUUUUUUUUUUUUUUAAGUUUGAUAAUAACUUUUAUUCGGCUGCAAUAGAGAAUUUUUUCAUUGAAUAAUUUUUUUUAAUUUUUUUCGUUCGUCCUUAAUAUGAACACCUACGCAUUGCUGAUUAGCUUUUAUUGUCGUUUAGACCCUAUAAUUGAAAAGACAGAAUAAAAAGUAUACACCAAACUUAAAAUUCAAAUAUUUCGUUAAAUAAUGGUUUACACAGCUGUUUUUACGCACGCGCAAUAGACGAAACACGUAUUUCUCCGUCCAAUAGUGAAGUCGUGUCACCAUCGAUAUACUAUUAAUUUCAUAAUACUAUAGUUUUUAUAUUUGACCGUAAUAUUAAUUCGAAAAUCUGUUUGUUCUGCGUAUACAAAUCUAUAGUAUUACUCCAAUCUCGACGAAACUUUAACAAUACACGUUCGACAUUAAAAACAACACGAAUUUGUCCAUAUUUUUAAUCCCGGAACUCAAUAACGUGUGCAUUUCGUCCUUGAAAUACGAUUGUUUCUUUUUUUGUUUAUUUCUGGAUUCCCUCGGUUAAUUCGGUUUUGAUAAAAAGGUGAAAAAAAUUACAUUUACAAUCGUUAUAAACGGGGUUACGGGCGUAUUACGAUGGAAGGAUGGAUUUUACCAUGUGCAACUUUUCUAAUGGUUUUCAUCAGUAGGACUUUUCCGGACAUUUGUGAAUCAUAUCAUUUUGAAGUAUGUAAAUUACGCGAUUGGGAAAACGUUAGCCUGAAAAAAAUGUACAGAUAUUAUAUAUGUGUUCAAUAUGUACAUUCCAGACGGGUCGUUCUUUUUUUAAUAAUGUUACCUAUAACCCGAGCAAUAAAGAUAAUAUAUAAUAUAAAAUAUUGAAAGCAUAUUAAAAUCUAUGCAGUUGUAUAAAAUGCAAUAUUUUGUACGAAAUGCGUGCGAAAUAAUGGGUAAUUCGAUAUAACGUUUGAUAAAACGCGUUAAUGUAUAUAGUGAAGUAAACAAUAGUCGCAUUCUAGACACCUUUUUUAUCUGUGCAUCCUACAGAAAUCUACAUAAAUAAUUAGUAUUGUUUUCGGUUUACAGAAAAUAUACAAUUAUUUCAUUUCAUUAUUUCAUCAAGUUCAGUAAAGCAAAACUUCUUUACAACUGUACGAUAUUACAGUUAUCAGUAUGUUAUUUUUUCUUCUUUAGGAAAACACGUUUUCGGUUAGUAUAAAUGAUACCGGCGCCCGAAACCUAAUGAUGGUAUUUUAUUUAUAUCAAUUUUGUUUAGAAUCCCGGCAGUUUUUUUAAAAAAUAAAAAAAAAAUACUUAGUAUGAUGAAUAAUUAAGAUAAGUAGGUACAUAUAGAUUUUAUUUUUGUUGAUUUAUGCGUUACACAAGGGAAUCUAAGCUUACCAUGCUCCGCUCGGAAACUUGUUUUGAUUGCAAUGAUUUAUUUUUGCUUUUAUGGUGUAUAAAUUAUACCACGUAUGCUAUAAUUUCUACUAUGCCUUCUCAACUGGCGACUUCCCGCCUACAUUAGUAGUCAACUCGUUUGAAUUUUGUCCACUUAAAGAUAAUUUUUAGUAUGUGCGUGUCACAUCAUCCGGCUGUUGUUUUUGCGUGUUUAACAAUUUUACGUUCUUCAUUGGUCGUCGCGUGGCAAUAAUUUUAUAUUAUUAUUAUUUAUUAUGAUCGUGGGAUUUCGAUUGAUAUCGAAACCUGUUCGAUAUUAUAAUAAUUUAUGUACGAACGUCGAACGUGCGGUUCGGUUCGAUUUGAAAACGAAUUCAUGGGCGUCGGUUUCGUAAAGUAUUAUAUAGGUACGCGGAAUUUACAUUUAUUUACGAAAAAGAGAAAUCCGUCGAUUAUGUUGUUAUUUUCAAUUCACUUUUAUUUUCCCUUAUCAGAUUCAACCGUUACACAUAAUUUAAAUACUAGUUUGGAUUGACCAUCCAUAAUAAAACAUUGAAAGAAAAAAAACAGUCUAUUUAAACACACAAAAACGUACGUUCUCUAUACGUAACUUCCCGUUGACACAAGCGUUUCCAUCAUUACAGUUAAUCGCGUCGUUGCUCGGUAAUUACUAAUUUUUUUAAAUAGGUAUAUGUCCUUGCCCGUGACAACCAAAUUGACUAAUAAUAACUGUUUUUUUUUCAUCCGUGUCGCCAAGGUAACCUGUAAAUCAACAAAAAAAAAAAAAAAUAUAAAAAUAACACAAAUAUCGAUUUUCAUUCAAAAAUACAAAAAACCUUAUGUGUCAGCACCCUUUAGGGGCACGUGUACUCGUUUAUCCAUUUCUGUACGCGAGUAUUCAAUCCUCGUAGAGUCGGGGCCGUGGGUCGCGAAAACGGCCAGACAGACGUACAAACUAACAAUUGAAAAUUGAUAAAUAUUACUAAUUAGUACAGAUAUAACGAUGCUUGUCGUGUAAUAAACAAUAUAUUCUUCAUGUGUCGUCCGGUAUUUUAUGUAAUUUAAUUGUUUGUCGUUUUCGUUUUUAUUUAAAUUUGAGUACUUGGUGCAAUUUUAAGUGCUUUAUAAUCAGUCAGCAGCCCACUCUUAUAGCUCUUAAAUGCAAUAACAUUCAAGAGCCAUAAGACGUAGUGUAGACAACUCUCUGCAAUAAUAAUCAUUUCUGUGGUAGGUAGGUAGAUAGGUACACGCGUGAAAAAUGUUAGAUAAACACGUGCAUGUCCUUGUGACGAUAAAAAAAAAAGUUGAAUGAUACUACUGAUGAUGGGUGUGUCACUGUUAUAGAUGGUAAAGUAUAGGAAACUUAUAGGGGUUUUUUUUAAUUAUAUCUGUUCUUGACGAUAAAUCAUCGCCAACAAAAUAUGAUUCUGAGCGAAGUUCGGUUAAACGUAUCGUUAAAUGACGUACGUUUUACGAUUUUCGUUGAAAUUCUAACCGAAAACGCUCAUUGAAUAAAAACUACCUACCAUGUGUCGCCCUCGACCGUUUCUGUUCGGCCGGCCGCGUAUUCUACCCGUAAAAUCCGUUUUCAAUAUAUCGAAAUCCGCCAAACAUAAUAAUUCGGACCGCGGUUUGUCCGGUCCUUGUGGAUCUAAAUCUAUCAAAACACAACAAUAAUAAUACACCGUCACCGAUCCCUGCAGUUGUAUCGCGAGUAUAGUGAAUGCAAAACGCUUCGUUUUUCCUUAGAUUCUACGGCGGAAACCGAGAAAACGUGUUCCGUUACGUUUUAUCCUUUAGACCAGCGGUCCCGAACUUCUUUUAUUCCACGCCCCCUUUAUGUGAAUUUUUAAAAAUCUCUCGCCCCCCCUCCAUUCCUUUUAAAAAACGCGACGAGCAAAAUAAAAAAAAAAAGUAAACAAAUCGUAUUAUUUAUCUCAAAAUGUUCGCAACUGCCCCCCGCAGUCACUUCUACCUAAAUAUACUGCCUUGCUCGUAAUCUUUAUCGAUACCCAUAAUCGCCCGGUCAUUAUUUAUUUUUUCCCCGUGCAUUGUGAUUAUGAAUAAUUUAAUAAAUACAAAUUUUCGCGAUGAAACUGCUCUUCGCGCCUACCCAGCAAUUCGUUCACGUCCCCCCCCUCCACUUUGGGAAACGCGGCUUCUUUAGACAGCAGGGCCUAUGCACUUUGUCGAGCUGUACAUUAUUUAGCGCGACGUGUUAUUACAGUGUGAAUAAUUUGUUAGUAACGGCGAUAGCGAUUCGCUCAAAACACAAUAAUAAUAACAAUAAUAGCGUAUCGUAAAAACAACAACGGCGUGUUCACUAUUAUACACCUCGUGGCCCCGCGGCGGUUAAUCCUCUAAUCAUAUUGCGCGUAUAUUAUUAUUAUUAAAAAAAAAAAAGAGAACACCGUAAAACGUCAUGCGAAAAUACGGUAUCGCUCGGUGCGUACGUCGUAGACAAAAGAAAAAGAAAAUAAACGAUUGCGCGGGUAUCCCCCGGCGGACGGUAAUUCAAUUUUCAUUAUAAUCGUAACGUUAUAAUAUUCUCGCGCCCGUUUAAACGCGAACGGUUCGCCAACUCGGGGGAAAAAGAUAAAAAAAAAAAUCCAAGCGCAUAAAUCGCGCGAAACGUUACGUCGGUCGAGUAGAACCGUACGGGUCGUAGUAGUGGUAGCCAACAGACGAGGGGGAAAAAAAAAACAACCUAUACGUUUCGGUUCGGGUCCAGUUCAGUUCGGAGUGACGGUGCCGGGACGGGGGGAGGGGGGCCUAGGUGCGCGCGGCCUGCGUAGCGUGUCGUUCCCUAUUUACGGCGGAGCGAACAUAAGGGGGCGCGUCCGCGUGUAUAUAUAGUUUCCGCGGUAGGAAAUAGAGCCGGACAGCCGUGGCAUGGCUACGCAAAGGACGCGCGCGUAGACCGACAAUGCACCGUCGUUGCAUACGCGCGCACACACACGCACACACGCCUACAUAACAAUAUGUACACAUGUAGGUGUACGCACACACGUACACCUAUACACACUAACACGCUCGCGCGCGCACGUACGCGUCGUAAAUACAACGCGAAAUUGUGCAACGUCGUCGUCCUCCUCGCGCGUCGUGGCUUUGGCUAGCGCCCACCAGCACCGCCGCCUCCGCCGUCGCCGUAAUACGCGUCGUCGUUCGUUCAUUCGGUUGUUUGCGCCAGAGUCCGACCGAUCGGGUAUCGCGAACGCGCGCGAGCGCGCGCGCGACCGCCACCGCCGCCGCCACCACUGCCGCCGCCGCAGUCGCCGCCGCCGUCGUCGUCGUUGUCGUCCCCGAACAACACACGAACAGUCAGUGUACGGGCACAACGCGUGCUCGUGUGUACUACUGUUCGGUUAUUGUUAUUUUUUUUUCCGUUUUCCGUCUCGCACAAGUCCGCGUUCACGUCGUUCAGUGGUUUCAGUCGAUCGGGUUUUUUUUUUUGUUUUUCCGCUCCGAAUUUCAUCACUUCUAGACAAUAUUAUUACGCCGCGUCUGCAAAUGGAUGAUCUCGCGUCUGCUGCGCCGCCACUCGACUCGUCGCCACCGCCGAUCAAACAGCUAUCCUCGCGCCGCCGUAUAGUAUUUCGAGGGUGCUCGAAGACCGUACCAGAAGUGUUUUUGACAUGGACAUAUAGUAUACCGUUUUACUGUUCCAAAAUCAUGUAAAUGCACUAUCUGGUACGACACUUCGGCGCCAUUUCUCUCUGUACUGCAGUGUAUACACAUACGCAUGUAUAUUAUUAAUAUCGUCUCCGGGUCGUCGCCGUGUGUUUCUCGUCCGAGCGUGCGCUCCCGCGCGUUUCCGCCGUCCGGGACCGCGCGUAUAAAUAAUAACCGCCGCCGCGCUCGCUCGUAAUAAUAAUAAUAAUUGCGGUCGUCGUGCGACAUUCGUAACGGAGACACCCGGCGUGCGACGGCUGACCCCCCCCCAUUCACCGUGCGCCGUACGACACGCGAAGCUCUCCACUCCCCGGGACCGCGCGUUAUGACGAUCGUCGCGCGCGUCCGUCAUAACGAUACGACAUUGUGAUGCGCGCGUUAACUAUUAUAAUAUCGUUACGUACGAACGGCGUUACGGACCCGUGGAAUUGCGCGGAAUUUGGCCGGUCUCUUUACGAGCGAUGACGACGCCGUAUACAUGUAUUAUUGUACAAUGAUAUUAUUGCCGCCGGUCCAACUGGGUCGGGUACUAUUUUUAAUCGGUCACGGCGAUAAUUUUUUUUUUUUUUUCCAACAACAUAAUAGGUCAACACCUUAACAAUUCGUGUAACAAUUAUCAUUACAAUAGCGUAAUAAGACCGCCCCGUUUAGCGUGGCGACCGCGUACAAUAACAACAAUAAUUAUACAUGUAACGUUGUAAUGUAUAGGCGCGCGCGUAAAUAUUAUUAUAACAAUACGCUCGACACUCGCCGACAUUAAUGUGGUAACGGGUAACGUUGUGCCACCCCCCCCCCCCAGAUCGGUACGCGAUUGUCGCAGGAGAAGGAGUGGGGGGGGGGGUUGACGGCGGGCACACAGACAUCGCACGCGCGCGCGUUUGUCGCGAGUAUGAUACAGGAUGUCCCGCGGUGAUAAUAUUAUACCCGUUGUAAUAUUUCCGGAGACGAUGUAUAAAGAUAAUCGAAUUAUUUUUUUUUUUUUUCGUAUUACUCGCGGUGACGUCAAAUAUUUGUAUUGCGAUAUUAACUGUUUAUGCUUCGAUAAAAAAAAAUAAUAAUAAUAAUAACUUUUUGUUUAAUUAUUUUGCUGAAAAUUUGACGCGUCGGCCUUUUAUUUUCGUUGGAUUUUUUUGAAGUUCGGAGAAAAAUACCUUUUUAUAAUGUUAUUGAGCAGGCUGUAUACUCGCAUUUUCUAAUUGAUUGUUACCGGACAUCAGGGUUAAUUAUUGGACCGUACACUUCUACUAUUCUCCGAACUUUUUUAAAAAAAUUAUCAAAAAAUCACCAAUUUAAUGAAAACAAAAAGUUAUUCAUUUUUUUUUUUUUACCAAAACACGAUGAAAAAUAAUUCGUAAAUAUUUGUAGCGCCCGCGUCGAGUAAUAUAAAGAAAGAGAGAAAAAAAAAACCAAAAUUCGAUUAUCUCCGUUAUCUCCGGAUAUAUUAUACCAACGGGUGUAUCAUGUUCGCGGGACACCCUGUAUAUCGCACGGUAAUAUAUUAUAAUAAUAAUAAUAAUUCAUACGUUAUUAUUGUGUUAUCGGUACGAAUAACGCGUUAUUCGCUCGCGAUCGACGGUCGGUUUUCCUCUUGUUUCUCUCUCCCGCUCCUCAUGCGCGCGCUUAUACCUACGUGGCCAGCACUGCGACACGAAACAGAAAAACAAAACAAAAAAAAUAAUAAUAAUAAUAAUACACACAAGGCGUGCGACGCGGAGACUAAUGCGCGCGCGCGCGCGCGCAGCAAUAAAUUAUAAUACUAAUUAACGUUGUAAUUAUUUUCACGCGGCGGGGCCGCGUAAAACCGACGCGCGUUUGCCGACCGUCAGGUUUUGCCGGUUUCCGUCCCCGUUUUCCCCGUGCAAACGGGUCACGCGAUGAUGACAACAACAUCAACAACAACAAUAAUAUCGGGCGAUUCCGGCGCUGCACGCGGACGGCGCGUGAAAUCUGUCCGCGCGACGCGCGUACGGUUUUCGCGACAAAACACCGACAAUGUUAACGUAUUUUGAUUGUCGUGUGCCGCCCCGUUACAAUAAAAAUUAUCGGGACCGCCGCAGUCGGUCGACCGGAUUUCGAACGCAAGCCUCGGCCGCCGGUCCGGUUUCGGGGUCGAUUUCGCGUUUCGACGAACGAGUACGUUUCGCAAACUCGUCCGUCCGAACGGCUCUACCGCGGCCGUGCAAUAACCGGGCGCGCGUACGCCCGUCGACGCAAUGCCCUCGUUUUCAGACUCGUUGAGACCCAAUCGAAACGCGCUACGCGAGUUUUAUCCGGCGACUUUCGUGCGGUUUAAAAACAUGCCCGGUGCGUGUAUAGGGUGGCGAUUCGCGUUCGACUUACCGGGCCCCGUGUUGAACCGCGGUUUCGCAUAAUAAACGGCGUUUAUUACCCGCCGCUCUCGCGAACACGCGAUCAAAAUAACGUUCUGUAUUGUAUCGUGUAAUAAUGUAUGCCGUAACAUUAGUAUAAUAUUUUGUACGCGUUCGCGAUAAUGUUUUCGAAACGACGAUUGUAAAUAAUUGACAAUCAUUUUUGUAUGUUAUGAUAACGUAAGUGUUUGUAUUCGACCCGUGUUGAAAAAUGUGCGAGUACUUAUGUAGUAAAUAAAAUGCGUCUAAGAUUUUUUAUAGUAUAAUAUUAUUGUAUAAUUUUUGUAUUUUUUUUUUUUUUUUUUUGUGUAUAUUAUGUAUUUUUGUAUAUUGUGUUAAAACUGCCUGUAACUGUUACUGUACUUUCGUUUUAAUAAUAUUACAUAUUAUUACCUAUAGGUAUCUGCCGUGUUGUUUUAGAACAAUGAUUUUAAUAAAGGAAAAAAAAAACUAUUACAUAUAAAUAAUGUACUCUGGCCUAUUAUAUUAUUAUAAUAAAUUAUACGGUAUUAUCGCCGCCGGUCGACGAUUUGGUGCGUUCGAUCCGAUUUUCUCGGGUGUUUUGUUUGUCCUGUCUUUAUGAUCGUAUUAUAGUAGUCACACGCGUUCGUGUUCAUUAUAAACGAUUCGAAAGGUGUUUUUCGUUUGUUCGGUAAAAGCAUUAUUAUACUACUGCUACUACUACUACUACUACUACUACCACUACUACUACUACCACUACUACUAUUACCACUACCACUACUACCAAUGUAGGGGUCGUGGUCGUGUACACGUAUACCUACUAACCGUACAAAAAUAUUAAUAUCCGUUUGUACGCGUUUGGGUUUUGUACCGGUACCCCGCGUGUAUUGAAUACCCGACAGCCGUAUGCGAUUUUUAAUCCCGGUACGUGCGUCAAAUUGAAUUUCAAAUAUAUUUUGCUGCCGGCACACGCGUUAAUAAAUAAUCAUGGGCGUCCUGUGGUGGACGAAACGUGGUCCCCCCCCCCCCCGUGGGCUUAAAAAUUCCGAGUAUAUAAUUUUAUUUUAAACAAUUUUCGGCGUUUCUAAUGUUAUUCCAUGCCCUCCCUGAUAAAUUUCCCGCGGGCGCCCGUGGUAAUAACGUACGUAACGCGAAAUGUCGUGUAAUAUUUACGCGUAUUUACACGAGGUCUCAACACCGUUACGUGUAACAAAACAAAAAGAGAAAAAAAAAAACGCACACUCGUGCAGUCCGUCGCGGACUUUAUGGCUCUCCGGGUUACCGGGAAUUUCUCGGCGGGCCCUUCUCGUGUAGGCCUUUGAUUUACACACGUUUUCCUAUUUAUGAUUCCUUAAAUUACCGAUAUUGUAACUUUGAGAUUUCUCGGAUGGGUAUAGGCUGGACGGUAGGACGGCACUUAAAUUAUAAUCCAGUACGCGUCUGUAACAGACCGCUCCCUCCCCUCGUAAUCUACACCGCGAUAAUCGUACUUGUUAUAAAGUGAUUCGCCGCGGGGAUAUAGCUAAUUGGGGUUGUCAACAUGUUUCCCUAAUUCUAUAUAGUUUUGUCAGAUUGCAAAAAUAGCUGGUUCUUUUUCUUUUUUUUUUUUUCAUUAUUUUAGGACUUUUUAAAAAUUUAACUAGUUUAAAAAGAUCAGUGUUGGCGCGAAUUCAAACGUGUCUUACCAAACAUCAGGUAUCCAUACUAAGGUUACCGUACUGACAAGGACGUGUUAAUAACGUUACCGAUCCGAGAUACAGGAUAAGGCGUGAUUUCAGUCACAGGCAACCCACCAAACCAGAAACCGGGUAUGACGACACAUUUAAUUCUCGCCAAUACCGAUCGUUUUGAAUACUUUUCCGUUUAUUGAUUUUUAAUUACUCGAUUUGCGACGUAUUAAGAAUUCGGAAUAGAAAAUUAAUUUCAUUUCUGAGCUUGCCGUGUUCAUCGUUACUAUAAUAUUCGUGGACUAAAUCAAACAGUUUUUUUUUAGUUUUUUUUUUUUAUUUCUAACCGACAACCCUCAUUGUCGGUAAUUUUUUCGGCGCUCGAUUGUUAUAGCGUUGCGGUUAUAAUUCGUACGCGCAUUAUUCACGGCAUUAUAUUGUAGAGGUUGGUGUCGACCGCGGGUCAUAUUAUUAUCGUUACGUUAAGUAUUUGUAGGUAUUCUAACGAACGAGGCGACGACGGCGACGUCUGCGCAUGAUAAUAAUUAUUAUAUAUUUCAUAAGUGACGGCAAUAAAUAAUAUUAUACGGUAACGUGUGCACCGCGCGAGUCGUACACGGUAAUAACGAACAAUAAUAAUUAUUAUUUAUUACCGUUCGGCGGGGCGAUGCGGGCACGGACGAAAGUCUCGACCUCUGUUUCAAUAAUGAUAAUUAUUAUUAUUGUUAUUAUUAUUAUUAUUAUUAUUAUUAUUAUUGUUAUUAUUAUUAUUAUUGGAUAUCGGGUCGGGAAGUGAAUAACCGAUGGGCAUUUGCGCCUACGCCUCUUUACUUAUUGCCACGCACGACAGACCGGGUCGUGAAAUUCCUCCGCGGUCCACCGCGAUUGACCGCCCGUGUGCGGGCCGUUUGACCGCCGCGGUUAAAGUCGCGAUUUUCCGCGAAACACUAGUUAGAAAUUUCAACAAAAAAAAAAAAAAAAUUCACAAACGUUACGUCGCGUCACGCGUAUUUUUUUCAAGGUGACGUAACGACUAUACUCACUUUUGAUCGUCAAACCUACAUAUUAAAUGUACCAUAAAUAGACGGCGGCGUAUACCUAUUGGUUUAAAUUAAAUAGACGUUGGUGUUGACAUUUUUUUAUUUCCUUCCACCCCUCCUCCUCUUUGACCGAGAUGUCCCGCAUUUAAGUUCGGUCAGGGAGAGGGUAUAGUGUGGCGGUACGACACGCUGUGUUUGAGUAUAGUGUUCCGCUACUCUCCCCUGACCGAACUUAAAAGUGGAAUAUCUCGUCAACGGGUUGACGGAAAUUAAAAAUGCCAACAUCAAAAUGUAUUUUCAAACUAAAACGGCAUCUAUUUAUGGAAUUUUUAAUACAGGUUACUAUUUUAAAAUCGUAAGUAGGUAGGUAGUCGUCGACUUGAAGGUUUAUUUGAAACGACUGUUUCACCUCCAAAAAUAAAGUAAAAUUGUAAAAUGUAAAAUUUUAUUAGUAGAUAGUCAUUUUUUUUUUCUUUUAAUAUAAGAUAAUAUUUAGAUGAAAUGGGAAAGAAGAAUCGAACUUUCGGUUAUUCGAUAAUAAUGUGCAUUUUAUUGAUCUGAAAUAAUUUUAAAUUUAAAUUUGUAUAAUAAUAUUUGAAAAAUACUUGGAAAAGAAAAAAGGACCUUUUUUCGUACAAAUUCACCCACUAAGACCAUAAUGACGUGAUUUUGGCUAGAAAUUAUGACGGACGAGGGAAUGCAGCCCAUUUAUUAUCAGGUAUAGUACAGUGAACAAAACAUGUUUUGGCAAUAGAUUGCAAUCUGCAAGUAACAAACUGUUAACCGAAAAAUAACUCGCCAAAACACGCCUAUAUACUAUUAUAUAGCUGACUUGUACGGUUUUGUCUGUGUAUUGAACCAAAAAAAAAUAUUUAUCUAUAACAGCGUCUAUCCGCCAAAGGAAGGUGAGGUAAAUUUUAAAUCUGAUACGUAUUUGCGGUGGAAAAGGAACAUUUUCGAAAUUACAUCGUAAAUAAUAUAUGCGUUUUAUAAUUAGUGUAAUUAAUCGUUCUAAACGAUACCGUAUAUCGUGACUGAAAAAAGAAAAAACACCGAAAUUCAACUUUACUCGAAAUCUUCGUCGAUAAUCGACAUAUCACGAUAACAUAAUCGCCCUGUAUACUAUUCAAAAUGAACACUAUUUUAAACAUACCGUCACAGUGUAUACGUACGUUCUUCGUAGUUUAUAAUACAAUAUUAUGUUAUGCGUCUUGGUAGUCGUGUGCAAAGCUCACGGUCACACGAAUAGCGUGAACUCACGCGACGUCGUUAUUUGUUACACACACACACACACACCGCAGAACUUUACCCGAGACAAUCGUUUUUUGAGUUUGAUAUGCCCCUUCCCCUCUCGUUACAUACAUUAUAUACACAUUACAUAUAUAUUGGUAUAUAGAUAUUAGAUGCGUUCAUUAAUAUAAUUUAUAACUAUUAUAGCGUAUUACGUGUAUUACGUAUACGUUCGUCAAACUAUACGAUUUACGGUUUUCAGUGCUUUUUUGUCAAAGUAUAUUAUUAUAACGUACAAAACGAUUCGGUGCGUUGCAUAUCGUGAACGCCAGUGUUACAGUCAAUACAUUUUACCGGACCACGGUUUACGGUUCUCCGUCACCAAGACUUCGCGCUAUUCCUGCAUUGUGUUAUGGCAUGAUAUACAUUUAAAAAACGAAUUCAUAAUACUGCAAUACUUUUCAGAAGUGCCUAUUAAAGUCCCCGAAUUCCUCGUGAAAAUGCUCUAGAUAAUGCCUUUACGUAAAAUGCGAAAUCCCAAUGAUUGCAGCAGGAAACAUUUAUAUCCCGGCGAAUAUUAUAAUAAUAUGAUGUCCUCCUCUCCUCCUUAAUCAAAAAUAAUAACAUACCUGAGCUAGGUGGAUCACAUAAUAUUAUUAUAAACCGUUAUAUUUGGGGUCUGAGUUUUUAAUAUUUUAGAAAAACCGUUGGAAAUUUAUAGACAUUAUUAUUUAAACAAAAAAUCAUCGAGCACCGGGUGAUAAAUCGUUAUCUUUAAAAGUACUGUGUAAAAAAUUUGAAAUAUUUUCAAACUUUGACCAACCGAAAAAGGAUUUUACUAGGAAAAAUAAAGCUCCGUCAGUUAUGUUGUAAGUAAUAAUUUGCAACGCGAGGAAUAAAUUGCGAACAAAUAUUUUUUUUUUACUAAAAAAUCUGCUACAUAUACAUAAAUGUUUAGUUCUAUCAGCCACAGAAACCAAAAGGAUACAUAUAGGUAGCAUUUAAAACUUAUUUGGCGUACAGGGAAAUUCACCGUUGACAGUGCAGUGACGUGUGCGAGAUGGAUAGGCGUUAGGGGUUGCAUCCCAUUUUUGUAAAAGUACAACGAUUAUUUAUUUGGUAUAAUUAUAUUUUGAAAUUAUAUAAUAUUUCAACCAAGUUAUACUUAGUGGGGGGGGGGGAAGCUCGAUCUAUUGAAUAAAACAUUGGACAUCGGAUCCGGCUUUUAAAUUCUCAUUAAAUUCUACGAUUUAUUCCCGAAUCGUGAUUACUAUUAUUACAACCUUCCCUCCCAUUGAAAAUCCCCACAGGACACGGCACUGACUGCGUGUUACGUGAACCUACUCGUACGUCGCCCACGUAAACCUACCGAUACGUUUCCGACGUUUAAGAAAUAAAUAAUCCUCGAAUAUAGGAAAUUUACCCUACAUUGUAUAAUAAUACUUUUGCCGGCGGAGAGGCCGUAAAUUUAUUACCGGCGCGACCCGUCGCCACGACCGUUAUCAAAAGCCACGUAUAUUUUAUACAGCUGCGACUAUUAUUGUUACUGCGCACGAUCACAAUUAUAUUCGAAUAGUAUUUCGUUUGUACGAUAUUGUUAAACUAGAAAAAAAAAAAAAUUAAAACUUCAAGGAAGCACACGGCGGCAUUGUAAAAACACAUUAUAUUAAAAUUAUCGUGUGCGGACGCCGCAGUCGCUACUGCAAUAGUCGACUUUGUAUACGCCGUGCUCGUAUUGUAUGUCAGUAUACACGAGUAAUAUCGUCCAACAUAAUAUUAUAAAAAAUAUCAGUAAUGUUUUCGUUUUUCGAUUUUAUCGUACUUUUCACGGGAGGGACCCACCGGAACACGCAUGGAUAUGGAUAUGUGGAUUACAAGAACACAAGAUUUGUACGAAAUGUAGAGUUUAUGAUAGGUCCGUUACGAGACAGUGAAUCGAUAAUCAUUCAGGGUUGUGCGCCUUGCGUCAAGGCGCAAGAAAAAAAAUAUUGUGUGGGUUUCGAUAUUUUCGAUUAUUCCCCUCUUGCCCCCUUAACGAGUACCCGUGACCUCUAACAAUGUGCAGAGACAGCGGAAGGGUAGGGUGGAUUGGAAAUUGUUCAGGCAGGGCUUCGCGCUUUUAAAAAAAUAUACAGUACAAAUACAUACAUAACAUUAUACAUAUAUUACAAAUACUAGACAGUUUAGGUUAUUUCAAUAUAGAUAUAUUUGGGUUCGGAUUGACUAGGUAAUAUGUAUUAUAUUUUCGAUGGACCUAUGCCGUGAUAACAUUUUAGUCGGUAUAGUUCCUCUUCCUCAGUUUGCCUCUUAUAACCCCCCCCCCUCUUUAAAUAAUGUCCGCGCACACAUACAGGAAUAUCCAUUAUCCAAUAAACAAAAGGUCCUAUGUUGUUUGACAAAUGUUCAAUAAAAAUAAAUGAUGUUUCUUCAGAUAUAGCUAUAUUGAUUUUCAAAUUGAUAUAGUGUUUUUUACGAUAGGUAAAAACUACUGGCGGAUUUUAAAUCAAAAGGUCUGUUUUAAUCGAAAACUUCGUAAAUACUAUUUUAUAGCGUUUUGAAUUCAGUCGGUAUUUUAUGUGGUCAUUUUUUUUUUUUUUGAAAUUCUCUUUACUUUUACGGUUAAAAUGGGAAAAAAGCUUACCAAAAGAUCGAAAAUCGUCAAAUUUCGAUCCGGGUGUGGCCGUUGCGUAUAGCAGACGGUCUUUUAUUGAUUCGAUAAUUUUAACAGACGCGUGAGUCAGUCGCCGAAUCGAAAAUGCCGAAAAAACUAAAAUACAAUUCUUUACGGCAAAUUGAUACAAAAUUGUAUACGGAGCGUAUCUGAAUGCCAUUUCGUGUAAUGCAGAUUACAGUAUUAUUGGAAUUCUGAUCCAUGCAGCAAUGAUAUCGAAAUAAAGUAAAUAAUUUAUAUCGCUCAGACGAUAAUAUUAUUUGUGCAUUUUUUCAUUAGUUUCCCAAUAUUGUACAUUCGGACUCGUACACACGAAAUAUCGGAAAUUUGCAUAUUGUAAUAGCAUUAUUGUACCUAUUGUAAUAUCGGACAAUAUCUUUUGUUAUACCGGCCGCGUACAAUAUACGACACUAAUGUGAAGAUGUUUUCGAUCGAUACAAUAUUAUUCUAAACCCGUCGCCAUAGGUACAUUGACAAAAUAUGAUGUACACUAUUAUUUAAAUUGAAUAUUUUCUGCGUAUACGUUUCGCCCUAGUUUGUCGGUCGGCCUUCUCGCAUUUAUUUAUUUUUAUUUAUUUUUUUUUUUUUUCUGUCAUUCGAGUCUACGCGGUUACCGACCGCGGCGUUAAUUCGUCCGGCGACCCGACUCGGCGAAAGAUUACAACCCCGGUGUAUAGUGGCGGGGAUAUUUUUUGGCGUGUCUUCGCCGUAGUACAUUAUUAUGUAUUGUAAUAUUGUUGUCGUUGUACAAACUAUAAUUGUUUAUUUUUCGAUCGAUAUUAAGUACGUGUAUUAUGUUGCACAGGUAUACGUAGGUACGUAGGUACGCACUGUAUACGCUAUCGUAUGUAUUAUACAAGUAUAAUAAUAUGUAAUAACAAACUGAAAAUCGUUUAAAUAUCGCGCGUCGCCUAUAUUAUUGUGAACCGGCGUAGCGCAUAUUUAAAGCGGAGAUUCAGAAAGAUAUACAUAAUAUAUCCAUAUUAUCCCCGUUUUUAGUUUCGUAUCGAUAAUUUACAUAAACAUAAUAUACGUUACAUCUUUGCGUAUGAGUGUUUCAUGUUCAUUCUUAAAAUUCGACUUUUUCGUUCUUUUUUUUUUCGUUUCGUUUUUUUUUUUUUUAAAUGAUAUUAUUACCUACAGUCAAUUUGUUAUGUUAAUACAUCAAACAAAAACUCGAACGGUUAAUAUAUAAUCUAGUGUAUAAAAAAACCAAAACUCAUCAAAAACACUGUAGGAAGGAAUGUUAUAUUUAAUUUUAAUUUCAGGAUAGAUUGAAUUAUAAAUUAUUUACGAAAAUCGAUACAGAAAUUAAAAUUGUUUUUUUAUAAUGGUACAAUGUAACACGAUUUUAAAAUUCAAUAUACCUCCUUCCUUGAGAAAAUCCUAAAUACGCCACUGAAUUAUUAUGAAAAAUGCCGUAAUCUGAUUUCAGGAGUCCCUUGGGAUAUCGUCUAAGUUGAAUAUAUUAUAACAAUAGUAAUGAAUUUGUAGAAAAUUCAUUUUUUUUUAGCUGAUCGUAAAAUAUAAAUUUCUCAGCAUACGAAAUUUGAAUCAUGUAACAACGAAUUCAAUUAUGAAACUUUUGUUUUACAUUUUUUGUCGUCUUAAAAUGUUUAGGUCAUUUUUUAACUUUUAAGGACAUUUUUGCCUUUUUAGUUCAUUUGAUACCAUUUUUAUCGAUUUCUAUAUCAAUUACAUACUUGUUUAACUAACUCAGGUGAUGUAUGGCUGCAUACUUUAAAAUAUUAAUAACAAGACCUGUAGACGAUUAAGUAUAUUAAAUACCUAUAACUACUACAAAUUUUAAUUCGUCGCGAUUGGAUAAGAUAAAGCUAAUCACGGUCGUUAGUUGCGACAUUGAUCAUGUAACGGAUUUCCAGACUAAAGUCCCGUUACACAUUAUACUGCAAUUUUUUAAAGCAUUUAAUCCACAGCCCUAUUUAUUUAUAAGAUAACACAACACUGUAAUUGUCAGAAAACAUAAAUUGUUUUUUUUUUCAUUCCUACGCGUGUACCGGUGUGCCGGUGAUAUUUUUUUCCGGAGAAACGCGGUAUAACGCGUUGUGUUUUUUUCGCAUUAUAGUUUACCUCCCUCUCUAUGUACGCGUAUAAAAAAGAAAUUGUAUAUUAUUACUAUUGUUAUCAUUUUUUUACAUAUUGUUAUUAUUAUAAUAAGAGCCCGUGCCGUCGUCGCACUCUUGUCGGGUUUUCGCACAGUGGCAGUGUGAUUAGCUGGUUGUGUACAAAUCUCGUAUUUAAAUAUUCACGGCCACUAAGCACAUUCCACUGGGCGCCCGGCCAUGUCCGCAACGACGAAACGACGACGAAGACGCCGAAUAUAAGCCUGCUGGAAAAACAACUGCAGUAUUACAAAUAAGGUUAGGUUAACUUAGGUUAUGGGCUAGCAAUACCUAACAAUAAUAAACAUUGUGUUAUAAUAAUAUUACCGAUAAACGUUAUGUAUUUCAUAUUGUGAUAUAAUUAUAUAACGGUUGUAUGUAUACAUUAAAUAUUGUAAGAAAGGAUAAAAAGUACACUCAAGGGUAAAAGUAAUAAAACCUAUAGUAUUUAGACCGCAUAAACACGUCUGCCUCGUCUGCAUGUUUAUUAUUGUAUUAUAUAUUAUUAUCAUAUAGUAAUUAAAUGUGUAACGUAUAAUGUUUAUGUAAAAUAAUUAAUAUGUCCUACUUUCGUUUAUCAAACUAUAGAUAAUGUUUAUAUUAUAUAUUUCAUUGUAAUAAUCAGUGUUUAAAUUGAGGAGGGGAGUAGGUGGAAUUUUAAAUCUAAUAAUAUGAAUACCUCAUACUACCUAAUAAUACCUAAAAUAUUUUAGCGUAUCUAUGCCCUUUUUUCCAAGUUUUGUUAAUCGUCCUAAAUACCUAUCUAAGCGCCGUAGGGAAAGUGGUAACUUUAGGACUCCUAGGACUUGUACUUGGUAAACGUAAACUAUAAACCUAUGUUAAGUGAAGUUAUACCUAACUGUAUUAUGGAUAGUAGGUAUAUUGUCUAAAUAUAUUUAUAGGUGAUAUUUACAACAAACUGCAGUAUUAAUUAUUAUGUCGAAUAGUAUCCAAUUUUACUUAACGUAGAAAAUAAUAUUAAUUUGAAAAAAGCAAAAAAAAUAAAUAACAAUUAAAAACUAUUAUUAUUAAGUAAACAAUAGUUAAAUAUCAAUGGCUAUACACUGUACAAGGACUAAACGGUUUAAAACUGCUUGUUAUUUAAAAGUAAAACAAUGUAUUUAUCGCCAAGGUGGAUCCAUUAUUGUUAUAAUGUGGGCGUAUGACAAAAUGCAAUCAAACUAUUCACUAUACUAUUAACUUAGUGAUAGAUAUUUGAAUUAUAACUAUUACGUUUAUUUGAAUAAAUUAUGUAAAUGUUGAGUCUAUGUUACAUUAUUGAUCGACAUCAUUAGUUUAAACUCCAAACACAAUUUAUGGAACCUAGUAUGAUAUUUUUAUUGUAUUUAUUAUUAAGGCUUAUUUAAAAUGCAGUGAAAUAAAGAGCUUUCCGCACAGAUCAUUAUAAUAAACGGAUUUUUUUUUUUAUAGAGUAGGGAAUUGGAUAAUUUGAUUUGCCCGCACGCAUACAAAAUCUAAAAUAACAGGAAUCGUUAUUGCGUAAAAUUGUCCGCUUUUCCCAAUUGAUUAGAAAACUACAGGAAAAAUAAAAAAAAAAAAAACGAUAUCCCCAACAUUCGUUUCAAAAUAUAAAUAUUCAAAGUAUUGAUGCUUAAACUGUACAUCAUCAUUGAUGUAAUAAAACUGCAGUAUGUGUGCAUGUGUGUACGUGUGGAUUAUUAUAUAGAUAAUAUUAUUACGGGUGAGACGUUAAGGUAAAAAAUCGAGUUUAGACACGCAAGAAUCCGUACAACGGUGACGACUAUACCUUUUUAUCAAAAUAUAAUUAUAUUAUAUCGGCCAAAGAACCUAUAGUAUUAUUAUUAUUAUUACACGACAGUUGCAGCUUGCAGUCGUGUUGAAAGUACGUUUUAAUAUCGCAAUGGUGAUAUGACAUUAUAUUAUUAUUUUUAUAAUAUUAUUCUUUAAUACUUGUAACACUGUUAUUUUUACACGUGUACGGUGUGCAAAUAAUAAAUUAUAUUAUGGCGAGGUGCGCUAAUAUUGGAAUAAAAUACUUUAUUUUUGGUCACUCCGAACUCGAUAAUGGUCAAAUGCCGUUUAUUAGAUUCCGGAUUUAACGAAAAAGCUAUAUUAUUAUAGUAGUGCAUAGGUUGAAAGAUGUAUUUCACUUUUUAAAAAUGCUUCGAUUUUGCCAGACCUUGUCACAAAAGAUGACGUUUUUUCCCCAGAUGGUAGGUACUUUUUUUGAAAAUAUUAACGAAACUUUCAAUAUGUUUUCCUAAAAAAAAUUAUAAAAUUCUCACAACUAAUGUCGGUACAUUAGUUUGUUGUAUUGAUUUUUGCGUUACCGUGACUACAAUGAAAAGAAAAACCCAACUAAUACUAGUAACCUUAUACUUAUCAGUUUACCGAGCUCCGCCUAGAAUCGUAUAAAACAAUUUUUCCCUCGUCUCUUUCGUGUGAAAUAUUUCUCUAUAAUACACUACACAGAAAUAUUCUCUAUAUUAUAUAGUAGAGUAGAAAAAUAUCAUACCAGCUUAUAGCUGGAACGAGUAUGUAUUUAUUAUUAUGAUAGUGUAUAGUGGUUAUUAACCCACGAUAUUAAGUGUAAAGGUAGACAAACAAAACUCAAAUAUCCGGACUCGCCAAUUAUAUUGGUCCGACCACACCGCGGACAGUGAAUUUCAUAUUUUUUUUCCUUGAUUGUAACGUACAAAAAACAAAUUUUCGGACCUUGAUAAAUAUUUUUGUUUUUUGUAUCAAGGAUAACUUAACUAAUCAAACAAAUUGCCUAACUGGCCCAACUUUGUUCGUAUAUGAGAGAAACUAAUUAUUAUUUAUGAAUUUUUGAAUUCUUCGGAUUUAUUUAUAGCUAUUAAUUAAGUUUGUCAACGUUUCAUUCUAUUAUAUAGUAUUAUUCAGUGGCGCCCUAGUAUUUCAUAACACGUAAAGCAUGAUGUAUAAUUAACACCCAUCUAGUCCAAAACAAAAUUGUAUCAGUUAAUAUUACUUAGAGUUUUUAGUAUUUAAGUAGUAUAGUAGUAGUAGUUAUUUAUUAUUAUUUAUACUGUAUUUUAAACUUCAUUGAAAUACACACUUAUAUAAUAUAUAUAUAUAUGUAUUUUUUUUUUUUAGUGCCGCUUACGUUUCAUUUGGAGGACUGUUGAUGCGACUGUUGGGAGAUCCAAACAAUUUACACGGUUUUGAAGUGGAUCAAUGUGUUUACUUGUUAAUGAAAAAAUUAGCUUUUUAAUGUUACCUAUAAUAAUGUAUAAUAAAAAUAAUAAAUAUUCAAUAUCCUAUCGAGUUUUUAUAUUAAACUAGCUGCUGUCUCGCACGGCUUCGCUUGGGCUACUUUAUUAAACGAAAAAUAAUGUGUAAAAUAAAAACGUGUUUUUCAGUGACUUCCUGUUUCCAUUCCUAUUCCUAUCACUGCUGUUAACCGUUGUUGUCCUUAAAUGUUUCUUUCAUUUUCUUUUUAUCUGUUAGGGGUUGAAUUUUGAAUGAAUAUUUUCAUAGUGGAUGCCUCCUAAGCGUUUCCACCCUAUUUGCACAUAUGCUUAAAACCAUUCACGAGUCUCAAGGAAUAUGUUUGCCAAAUUUGGUGUCAAUUUGUUCGAUAAUUUUCGAGAUUAUAGAUCACGAACAAACAUUCAUUUUUAUGUAGUAGAGAAAAAAAAGAUCUAAUACUGUCGAUAGGUGUACCACUGUUAUAAGUGAUAAACCUAGAAGAUAGGAUAUAUAAAGUUAUUUACUUUAUAUCUGUAGGCAACGAUAAAUCAUUGUUAAAAAAUAAUUCCGAGUGAAAUUCGUUUAUAGAUGAUUUGAAAAGCCACAAUAUUUAAAAAUUUUAUCUUAAAACUAUUUAAAAAUAAAAUUAUUACAUUAUACUGCAUUUUUUUUUUCCAUUAAAUAUAACUUAUAAUAAACCUCCUAAAAAAAAAAAAAAAAUGAAAUGCUUCUUCAGAAUCUAGAUUGAAAAUGAAACUAAAACGGUCUCUUUUUAUUUUUUGAUUAAAUACAUAUUUCAAGCAGAAAACAUUACGUAUAAAUUAAAAACAAUGUAAUCGUUAACGGCACAAUGCGUUAUAAAUAUUCGCCAUUUUUCCUAUAAUUUUGUUUUUUGUUUUUCCUAAUUAUUUUAAAAACUGCUUGGAUAAAAAUCAAAAAAUUACAUCCUACCUUCAUCAACUAGAUCCAAAUUCAACACAAAAGGCCACUUGGCAUUUUUGGAUUGGAACAAGAUUUCUGAUAGAAAAGAGUUUCCUUGUUAUUUUAUAUUUAGGUGUGGAGUACACUCAAGGGUGCCACUACUAUGGCACUAUAAAUAUAUAGACUAAAAAUAAUAAUUUUUUUAAAUAGUUUGUUCAGGGAUGUUAUUUAUGUUUUUUUCCUAAUAAGAGAAAUGUACAAAUCGGAUCAAUGAAUUUACUGUUAAAAUUUACUUAACUAUUUUUAGUAAGUAGGUCUUAAAUGUGUAUGAUAAUAAAAUGUUAAUUUACAGCAUAUACAAUUUGCACUUUUAUAAAAAAUGAAUAUAAAUUAUUCUUAUUUUCUAAAUGAAGGUAGGUAUAGGUGUUUAGAGAUUUUUUUUAUUCUUUUGUAAUUACUAUUAUUUAAUAUGUUUAUAUUACCUAUAUUAUAGAUUAAUUUAUAUUUUAAAUUUUCAAAACAAAUACAUAGAUAAUUGUUUUAGAUAUAAACACUAGGUGUACUUAUACACUGGUAUGAGCAGUAUUUCAAUUAAAUUUAAUGAUAAUCAAAUUUGUGAGGAUAGAACGCCCAUCCAUAAAGAAAGCCAUGUUGUGACAUUUCUUCAACAAACAUUUGAUUUAAAAAAUAUUGUAUUGUUUGUCUAUAUCGAUAAUUUUCAUGCAGUUAGGUCAAACUUUACAAAGGCAUUCAAAGAAUUUGGUAUUCAGCCAUCUCGUGUAAAUUUAGAAGGUACAUAGACAAUUUUUAUUUUUGUUUGUUUUUUUUUUUUGUUCUAAUUAUAUUAAAAUAUAAAAUUAGAUACAGAGUUGGAAAUUAUGUUUGAAGUUACUGAUGUUAUUUGGCGUCUCUGGGUCUGAAGCUGUUAUAAAAACAUUUCACUACCAUUACAUUUAUUUUGUGCGAACCAUACUUUGAAUUUAAUAGGCACAACAGUUUUAUCAAGAGUCAUUCAAUCAUCAAAUAUAAAAAAAGUUCAAAAUUUCAUUAUACAUAAAUGUCAAAUUGUACAGAAUACCUCUCGACGUCCAAAAACAUCAGAAAUUAUAAAUAAUAAUAUAUACUAAAUUUUAGUAUAUAUUAUUAUUAUAUAUUAUAUAUAUUAUUAUUAUUAUUAUAUUAUUAUAUAUAAAAGGUUUAUCUUAGUCCAACUCAUUGUAAUAGUUUGUAUGACUCAAUAAUAUAGUUCAUAAAAAUCAAAAAAAAUGUUAAAUCAUUUUUUAAAUAUUUACUAUAAAUAAUUAAGAAAAGUCUUUUUAAGAUACAGAAAUUGAAUAUAUAUAUGAAUAUAUUAUAUUCGGAUGAAUAUAAUUGAAUAUAUUAUAAUAUAUAAUGUUAUUGUUACGGUAACAGAUGUUACCAACUUAUCAAUGAUUUUUUUUAAAUUUUACUUUGUAUAGAUAAUCAAACAACUUAAAUAAUUCAAUUGUAAUAUUAAAUCAAAAU